AGGGGUGGGGUGAUAUGACAUGUCUUUCAGUAUUAGUGUCUUCAUGCAUUACCUGCAUCCAUAGUAUUCAUGCUUGAUAAUUGAGAACCACAGGGUUGUGGUUAUUAUAAAAUUCAUGGAUACUUCAGCAGAGGCAUCCAUAGUUGGAAUUCCAGUGUCGUAAAUACAGCUUUUUUUUUUUUAAUUGUUUGUCCCUGUGCUAGGUAUGUGGCCAGUUGCGUACUUUUGCAACUGGCUAGUCACUUCUAAAUGUGUUGAUAAUGAGUUCUUUGGAAUGGCUCACAUUCAAAUUAUCUGUAAGAUUUCGUUCUCACAAUUUGUUAAAAGCUCAGAAGUUUGGCAUGCAGCUCAUUUGUCUCAUUAUUGAUGAAAACAAAUCGAAUGACGAUCAAAGCACUGUCUUUAAAAAUGUACCUUUGUGACAACUUCCGUUACUGUUACCGUGCUUUUAUCAAUAAAGUUCAGUCUAAAUUUCGAGACCCAAAUGUCACCCCCGUCCUUGUCACAUCACGCGCUAAAAUGUGUUUACUUGAAUGGCGGUACGCAAAAAAACCCAAACCUUUUUCGCUGUCAUUCUUUCUUUCCACCUUCUUUCCUCGCCUUUGACAAGACGGAAGGAUGACAAAGAAAUGCUGCUUCUCACUCCAACCGCAAGAGGGAACUCUUUACACACUAAUGCAGAUUGUGGAGCUUGAUGGAGACUUGAGGAUGCCUCGAAGACCCGCAGAGCAGAUGUGUGCAUCUUCCUCUAGAAAGUAGUCCUGAGAAGAAGAACUGAACGCUUUGUUUUCAAGUGCCUCCUGGUUUGCUGAUGACUUGUCAGAGAUAGAUUGUAGAUUGCCUCUGUGGCUCCCAAUGGACACCAGCAGGUCCACAUGAGGGAAAGACCUCGUUGUUUUUAUCAUGGAAAGAACUGUCAGUCGCUGCAACAGAUGUGAAAUAAUUGACAGCGUACUUCCUGGUUUGACAGGAACUCUGCUCUUUGAUGUGGUGGAGGAGAGGACAACAAAAGCCUGCUUCUACUGCAGAAACAAAAGCGGACUCAGAGAUGAAGGCCCAUUUAGAAGAAAUGCAACUGAACAGCGAGAUGGCCCAGAAGAAUGAUAGUAUGGAAAAGACCAAGCAAAGAGAAGAAAAACAAAAAAACGAUGAAAGAAAAACCAAAACAGAGAUUCUCAAAAGAGAGACGCCGCCCAUUUGUCAUGAAAUGCGGGAUACUGAACGUGUUCGGAAAACAACACAAGGCAGUACACAGGAAAUUGAAUUCCUUCGGACAAAAAUAUGGAGGCAAUAUUGUGAUAUUGAAAGACUAAAAGCUGAAAAAGAUGACCAGAAGUUGUUGAUAAGAACUCUGAAACUGCAAAUGGAAUAUUUUGGUGAGAAAGUGAGGGUAAGCGUAAAGACGGCCAUAAACAAAAAAAUACUUCUUCAGAAAACAUUGGCUGAAAUUAACAAAAAGACACAAAUACUGGGGAGGCAAUAUAAUGGAAUUAAAACCAAGCAACACAUGUUAGAAUCCCUUGUUACACACUUUAGACAAACAACUGAGUUUUCACAAUCUUCUGUGUUGAAAAACAGGGGGAAAAAUUUUAAAAAAAUAAUGCAAUAUGUUAUAGUUAAUGGAAAGCCUAUAGAAGAAGAAAUCCUGACAAAAUACCGCAAUAAGAAAGUGACCGCUAGAAUGUACAGGCUGCUUCUUAAAGCAAAACAAGCUAUAAAAUGUACUCACAUGAAGAGGACACAGAAUGCAAAGGACUUCGCAAAAGAACGAAGAAAAUUCAAAAGCAUGAAACACCAACUACAAAAAAAAUGUCAGGACCUUGACCAAAAACGAGAAGGAAUUAUGACAGAGAGGGAUGAACUAGAAAUCCUCAAGCUAAAAAUACAUAAACAUCAAAAUCAGCUUCAAGAUAAGGGUUUGAUGCACACGAUCGCAGAACAUCACCUACACCAGGACGUACAUCUUAAUAUGAUGACAAGAAGAACGUCAGAUGAGAAGCCUUGCCCAGACCCUAGCUCCAGUGGCCUCCAGAUAACGACUCGGAAUAUUACAUGGGAAUUUAGAGACUCUUCAAUCCAAAAUCCCUUUUCUGCAGUUACAUAUAAUGUCAAAAAAGGCCUGAACGAGACAAAGAUGGACUCAUUGAAGAAUAUAACACUUGAACACUUGGAUGAAGAACAAGACACCGAUGGGGAUUUGACAAGAGAAUCCCGUCAUAUUAAAAAUGAGAUCCAUAAACUUACAGAGCAAGAAAAGAAACUGAGACAGACAAUAGAGAGUUCUAUGGGGGACGUGGAGAAAACCAGUUGUGACAUUCAAAAACUCAUAAUGGAAAUAUAUCACCUGCUAAGCCAAAGACAACAGACAGCAAAGAACUUACGAGUGAUAUUAAAUGCAACUGAGAAGCCAAAUGACGUGCAACAAGAAAAUCAAGAUGAAAGUAAAAACAAACAAAAAGACACUCAAGUUGGAGUCGCUGUGCAAAAGUUGGACAUACCAAAGAAUUCGAAUGAGGUUGAUGAAAACCAGCCAGUGACCAAACAAGAGCUACAUGAAAUUCAGAAAAAACGAACUGAACAAGAAUUAAGGACAUUUCUGAGAAAAACAGAAACAGAAACCUGGUGGAAUCAAAUCAAAAUGGAAAGAAGGUUUGUUGAUAUGGCAACCAAAAAGAAGAAAAGGGAAUUGGACAAAAGACUGGAGAAAAUACGAAGAGAGAGAGAUGACUUAGAACUUCUAAGGUCCAAACUACAACAACAGCAAAAAGAGCAGCCUCAGAAGAAUCAUCAUGAUAGCGAUGAGCGAACGACUGGAAUCAAACCCGGCAACCGAAGGAUACAACAUUUGGGGAGGAUGAAUGUCGAAAAUAUCUUGGUCAAAACAAACGAAAAACACAUGAGUUCAAAGAUCAACGGACAUUUCAGUGAUCUUCAUGAGCUUAUGAAAGUGAUCCACAUACAACUGGAAAAGGUGAGGAAGGAAAUGGAAAUUCUCGGAAAUGCAAAGGAUCAUCUUCGGAAACAAAAGGCAUCUCUCAUUACUUUAAACACCGACAACAGGACAAACAAUGAAGGUGUGCAGAAGAUGUUGCUUUCAUUGAAACACAUGCUGGCCAACUGGAGACAAGCGAGGAACCAAAUAUCAAUCACCACCGCACGAAUAUGGCAUGAAAAGAUCCAGAUGGACAAUUUGCUGUCACACAUAACGAAAGAAAAAGAAGAAAGAGAGAACCAAAAAGUGAAACUCUUGGUGGGAAAACAAGACCUGGACAACCUGAAGAAUGAGAUUAAACGAAAGAAAGAAUACCUGAUCCAAGCCAAGGAAAUCAUGAGCAAAGACAAACUGGAGAUGGAUUUGAUGAAGUCUGAUAUGAAAAAGGAAAUGAUCACACUGGAAGAAAAUCAACGCAAGGUUAAAGACAGAUAUACUGACCUUGAAAUCACGGCAAAUACAUUGAGGAAUAAUAAACUAGAAAUGGGCAAAUUAGUUCAAAAAAUAAAGAAAGAGAGGAAAAGUAUUCAAGACUUAAAUGUUGAUGUUCAAAUGAAAAGAGAUCACCUAAAUUAUAACAGACGCAUGUUAAAGCAACAAAAGGAGGACUUGGAUGUUAUCAGACAAGAACAUAACAAGGAAAGACAUGGGUUUGCAUCUGCCACUGCAAAAAUGAGUAAAGAAAUGGAAAAGCUAGUAACAUUGAAGGAUAAUUUUGAAAGUGAAAGAAGACUGCAUGCCAAAGACAAGGAAACACUGGAACACCUGCAAUCUGAGCAGAAGGUGUGGGAAGAUCAAUUCCAGACUAACAUACUAUCUAUCAAAAGAAUGACAGAUGAAUGGAAGGAAAAAAAUGAGAAGAAACUAGAAUAUACGAACAAUAAAUUGGUCAAUUUAGAAACCAACAAUGAAAGUGUGCAGAAAAUGUUACUUGAACUGAAACACAUGCUGGCAGACCAUAAUCAAGUUACGGACCAAAUAUCAAUCAACAACAAACUACAGAAUGGAAAGAUCCAGCUGGACAAUCUGUGGUCAAAAAUAGUGAAAGAGAAAGAAGACAUAGAGAAUCAAAAGGUAAAACUCUUUGUGCAAAAUCAAGACCUGGACAAACUGAAGAAUGAACUCAAACAAGAGAAAGAAUACCUGAUCCAAGCCAAUGAGAUCAUGAGCAAAGACAAACUGGAGCUGGACUUGAUGAAGUCUGAUAUGACUAAAGAAAGUAUGACCUUGGAAGACAAUCAACAGAAGAUUAAAGACAGAUACACUGAAUUUGAAAUAUCAGCAAAUGAGUUGAACAAAACGAAAGUAGAACUAGACACAUUCAUUGUAGAGCUGAAGAAUAUAAGAGAUGAAGUCCAGUAUAUUCGAUGUCUUUCAAAACAACAAGAGGAGGAGUGGGAUGUUGUCAAACAAGAACAUAAUAAGAAGAAAAAAGCCUUUGACUCUGCCAUGAAACAAAUGGGUACAGCAAUGGAAAAGCUACUAACAUUGAAGGCUAAUUUUGAAAUUGAAAGAAGACUGCAUGCCAAAGACAAGGAAACACUGGAACACCUGCAAUCUGGGCAGAAGUUGUGGGAAGAUCGUUUUCAGACUAACAUACUAUCGAUCAAAAUAAUGAUAGAUAAUUGGAAGGAAAAGAAUAACAAGAAACUUGAAGAUAUUACCACAAAAAUUGUCAAUUUAGAAACCAACAAUGAAGGUGUGCAGAAAAUGUUACAUGAACUGAAACACUUGCUGGCAGACCAUAAUCAAGUUAAGGACCAAAUAUCAAUCAACAACAAACUACAGAAUGGAAAGAUCCAGCUGGACAAUUUGUUGUCAAAAAUAGUGAAAGAAAAAGAAGACAUAGAGAAUCAAAAGGAAAAACUCUUGGCAGAAAAACAAGACCUGGACAAACUGAAGAAUGAAAUCAAACAAGAGAAAGAAUACCUGAUCCAAGCCAAUGAUAUCAUGAGCAAAGACAAACUGGAGCUGGACUUGAUGAAGUCUGACAUGAAUAAAGAAAUGAUUACACUGGAAGACAAUCAACGCAAGAUUAAAGACAGAUACAUUGAUUUUGAAAUCCUCAUAAUUGAGAUGAAUAAAACAAAAGUAGACAUAGACACAUUUGUUGUGGAGCUGAAGAAUAUAAGAGAUUACGUCCAAUAUAACAGAUUCAUUUCAAAGCAACUAAAGGAGGAUUUGGAUGUUACCAGACAAGAGCAUAAUAAGAAGAAAAAAGCCUUUGACUCUGCCAUUAAACAAAUGAGCACAGAAAUGGAAAAGCUACUAACAUUGAAGGCUAAUUUUGAAAUUGAAAGAAGACUGCAUGUCAAAGACAAGGAAACACUGGAACACCUGCAAUCUGAGCAGAAGGUAAGAGAAGAUCAUUUUCAGAUUAAAAUACUAUCUAUCGAAAGAAUGACAAAUAAUUUGAAGGAAACAAAUCAGAAGAAAGUCGAAAACUUUAACAGUAAUAUGGUCAAUUUAAAAAACAAAAAUGAACUUCUGCAAAAAAUGUUGCUUGAAGUGAAAGACGUGCUGGCAGACCAUAAUCAAGUGGCGAACAAAAUAUCAAUCAAUGAAGCACUACAGAAUGGAAAGAUCCAGCUGGACAAUCUGUUGUCAAAAAUAGUGAAAGAAAAAGAAGACAUCGAGAAUCAAAAGGAAAAACUUUUGGUACAAAAACAAGACCUGGACAAACUGAAGAAUGAAAUCAAACAAGAGAAAGAAUACCUGAUCCAAGCCAAUGAGAUCAUGAGCAAAGACAAACUGGAGCUGGACUUGAUGAAGUCUGCCAUGAAUAAAGAAAUUAUUUCACUGGAAGACAAUCAAUGUAAGAUUAAAGACAGAUACACUGAAUUUGAAAUCUCAGCAAAUGAGUUGAAGAAGAUAAAAGUAGAAAUAGAGAAAUUCAUUGUGGAGCUGAAGAAUAUAAGAGAUGAAGUCCAGUAUAAUCGAUGUAUUUCAAAACAACAAAAGGAGGACUUGCAUGUGAUCAGACAAGAACAUGACAAGAAAAGAAACAAGCUUGAAUUUGCCAUGCAGAAAAUGAACACAGAAAUGGAAAAGAUCCAAAGAAGACUUUGCGCUAAAGACAAAGAGAAGAUGGAACAUCUCCAAUCUGAGCUGAAGGUGUGGGAGGAUCACUUUAGGACUAACAUGCAAUCUAUAGAAAGAAUGACAGUUAAUUUCAAAGCGCAGAAUGAAAAGAAACUCCAAGACAUUAACAAAAAAGUGGUGAAUUUAGAAACCAACAAUGAAGGUGUGCAGAAAAUAUGUCUUGAACUGAAACACAUGCUGGCAGACCAUAAUCAAGUGACGGACCAAAUAUCAAUCAACAACAAACUACAGAAUGGAAAGAUCCAGCUGGACAAUCUGUUGUCAAAAAUAGUGAAAGAAAAAGAAGACAUAGAGAAUCAAAAGGCACAACUCUUGGUGCAAAAACAAGACCUUGAAAAACUGAAGAAUGAAAUCAAACAAGAGAAAGAAUACCUGAUCCAAGCCAAUGAGAUCAUGAGCAAAGAGAAAAUGGAGUUUGACUUGAUGAAGUCUGAAAUGAAGAAUGAAAUGAUCACACUGGAAGAAAACAAAUGCAAAAUUAAAGACAGAUACAUUGACCUUGAAAUCACAGCAAGUGAGUUGAAGAAGACGAAGGUGGAAAUGUACACAUUCGUUGUGGAGCUGAAGAAAACAAGUGAUCAAGGCAAAUAUAACAGAUGGCUUUUAAAGCAACAAGAGGAGGACUUAGAUGUUAUCAAACAAGAACAUAAUAAGAAGAAAAAAGCCUUUGACUCUGCCAUGAAACAAAUGAGUACAGAAAUGGAAAAGCUACUAACAUUGAAGGCUAAUUUUGAAAUUGAAAGAAGAAUGCAUGCCAAAGACAAGGAGACGUUGGAACACCUGCAAUCUGAGCAGAAGGUGCGGGAAGAUCAUUUUCAGACUAACAUACUAUCUAUAAAAAGAACAAAAGAUAAUUGGAAGGAAAAGAAUGAGAAGAAACUCAAAGACAUUUACAAAAAAAUUGGCAAUUUAGAAACCAAAAAUGAAGGUGUGGGGAAUAUGUUGCUUGAACUGAAACACUUGCUGGCAGACCAUAAUCAAGUGACAGACCAAAUAUCAAUCAACAACAAACUACAGAAUGGAAAGAUCCAGCUGGGCAAUCUGUUUUCAAAAAUAGUGAAAGAAAAAGAAGACGUAGAGAACCAAAAAGCACAACUCUUGGUGCAAAAACAAGACCAAGAAUGCCUGAUCCAAGCCCAUGAGAUUGUGAUAAAAGAGAAACUGGAACUGGACUUCAUGAAGUCUGACAUGAAAAAAGAAAUGAUCACAUUGAAAGACAAUCAACGCAAGAUUAAACACAGCUGGGCUAAAUUUGAAAUCUCAGCAAAUGAGUUGAUCAAGACGAAAGUAGAAAUAGAGAAAUUAAUUGUGGAGCUGAAGAAUAUAAGAGAUGAAGUCCAGUAUAAUCGAUGUAUUUCAAAACAACAAAAGGAGGACUUGGAUGUUAUCAGACAAGAACAUGACAAGAAAAGAACCAAGCUUGAAUUUGCCAUGCAGAAAAUGAACACAGAAAUGCAAAAGAUACUUAUCCAAAGAAGACUGCAUGCCAAAGACAAAGAGAAGAUGGAACAUCUACAAUCUGAGCAGAAGGUGUGGGAAGAUCGCUUUAGGACUAACAUGCAAUCUAUAGAAAGAAUGGCAGAUCAUUUUAAAGCACAGAAUGAGAAGAAAGUUGAAGACAUUUACAAAAAAAUUGUCAAUUUAGAAACCAACAAUGAAGGCGUGCAAAAAAUAUGUCUUGAACUGAAAUACAUGCUGGCAGACCAUAAUCAAGUGAAGAACCAAAUAUCAAUCAACAACAAACUACAGAAUGGAAAGAUCCAGCUGGACAAUUUGUUGUCAAAAAUAGUGAAAGAAAAAGAAGACAACAAGAAUCAAAAGGAAAGACUUGUGGUGCAAAAACAAGACCUGGAAAAAAUAAAUAAUGAGAUUAAACAAGAGAAAGAAUACCUGAUCCAAGCCAAUGAGAUCAUGAGCAAAGACAAAUUGGACCUGGACUUGAUGAAGUCUGACAUGAAUAAAGAAAUGAUUACACUGGAAGACAAUAAACGCAAUAUUAAAGACAGAUACACUGAAUUUGAAAUCUCAGCAAAUGAGUUGAACAAGAUAAAAGUAGAAAUAGAGAAAUUAAUUGUGGAGCUGAAGAAUAUAAGAGAUGAAGUCCAGUAUAAUCGAUGUAGUUCAAAGCAACAAAAGGAGGAUUUGGGUGUUAUCAUACAAGAACAUAACAAGAAGAAAAAAACUGUUGUCUCUGCCAUGAAACAAAUGAGUACAGAAAUGGAAAAGAUACUUCUGGAAAGAAGACUGCAUGCCAAAGACAAGGAGAAGCUGGAACACCUGCAAUCAGAGCAGAAGGUGUGGGAAGAUCACUUUAGGACGACCAUACUGUCUAUCCAAAGAUUGACAGAUAAUUUCAAAGCACAAAAUGAGAAGAAACUGGAAGACAUUAACAAAAAAGUUGUCAUUUUCGACACAACCAAUGAAGGUGUGCAGAAAAUAUGUCUUGAAUUGAAGCACAUGCUGGCAGACCAUAAUCAAGUGAAAAAACAAAUAUCAAUCAACAAAAAACAAAAGAUCCAUCUGGAAGAUUUGCUGUCAAACAUCAUGAAAGACAAAGAAAACACAGAAAAUCAAAAGGUAAAAUUAUUGUUUGAAAAACAAGACUUGAACAAACUGAAUAAUGAGAUUGAACAAAACAAAGAAUACCUGAUCCAAGCCAAUGAGAUCAUGAACAAAGAGAAAAUGGAGUUUGAUUUGAUGAAGUCUGAAAUGAAAAAAGAAAUUAUCACACUGGAAAAAAACAAAUGCAAGAUUAAAGACAGAUACAUUGAACUUGAAAUCACAGCAAAUGAGUUGAAUAAGACUAAGGUUGAAAUGGACAUGUUCUUUGUGGAGCUGAAGAAAACAAGAGAUGAAGUCCAAAGUAUCAGAUGUAUUUUAAAGCAACAAGAGGAGGAUUUGGAUGUCAUCAGACAAAAACACCAAGAGAAGAGAAAAUACUUUGACUCUGCCAUUAAACAAAUGAGUACAGGAAUGGAAAAGCUACUAACAUUGAAGGCUAAUUUUGAGAUUGAAAGAAGACUGCUUGCCAAAGACAAGGAGACACUGGAACACCUGCAAUCUGAGCAGAAGGUGCGGGAAGAUCAUUUCCAGACUAACAUCAAAAGAAUGACAGAUGAUUGGAAAGAAAACAAUAAGAAGAAACUGGAAAAUAUUGACAAUAAAUUGGUCAGUUUAGAAACCAACAAUGAAGGUGUGCAGAAAAGGCUGCUAGAACUGAAACACAUGCUGGCAGACCAUAAUCAAAUGAGGAACCAAAUAUCAAUCAACAACAAACUACAGAAUGGAAAGAUCCAGCUGGACAAUUUGUUGUCAAAAAUAGUGAAAGAAAAAGAAGACACCGAGAAUCAAAAGGAAAAACUCUUGAUGCAAAAACAAGACCUGGACAAACUGAAGAAUGAGAUUAAACAAGAGAAAGAAUACCUGAUCCAAGCCAAUGAGAUCAUGAGCAAAGACAAACUGGAGCUGGACUUGAUGAAGUCUGACAUGAAUAAAGAAAUGAUUACACUGGAAGACAAUCAACGCAAGAUUAAAGACAGAUACACUGAAUUUGAAAUCUCAGCAAAUGAGUUGAACAAGACGAAAGUAGAAAUAGAGAAAUUCAUUGUGGAGCUGAAGGAUAUAAGAGAUGAAGUCCAGUAUAAUCGAUGUAUUUCAAAACAACAAAAGGAGGACUUGGAUGUUAUCAGACAAGAACAUGACAAGAAAAGAACCAAGCUUGAAUUUGCCAUACAAAAAAUGAAUACAGAAAUGGAGAAUAUACUUCUCCAAAGAAGACUGCAUGCCAAAGACAAAGAGAAGAUGGAACAUCUACAAUCUGAGCUGAAGGUGUGGCAAGAUCACCUGAGGACUAACACGCAAUCUAUAGAAAGAAUGACAGUUAAUUUUAAAAUAUGGAAUGAGAAGAAACUGGAAGACAUUAACAAAAAAGUGGUCAUUUUAGACACAACCAAUGAAGGUGUGCAGAAAAUAUGUCUUGAAUUGAAACACAUGGUGGCAGACUAUAAUCAAGUGAAGAACCAAAUAUCAAGCAACAAGAAACAAGCACUGAGAGGAAAGAUCCAUUUGGACGAUUGGCUUUCAACUGUAAUGAAAGACAAAGAAAACACAGAAAAUCAAAAGGCAACACUUUUGGUGAAAAAACAAGACCUGGACAAACUGAAGAAUGAGAUUGAACAAGAGAAAGAAUACCUGAUCCAAGCCAAUGAGAUUAUGAGCAAAGAGAAAAUGGAGUUUGACUUGAUUAAAUCUGAAAUGAAGAAUGAAAUGAUCACACUGGAAGACAACAAAUGCAAAAUUAAAGACAGAUACAUUUACCUUGAAAUCACAGCAAGUGAGUUGAAGAAGACGAAGGUCGAAAUGGACACAUUUGUUGUGGAGCUGAAGAAAAUAAGAGAUGAAGUCCAAUAUAACAGAUGUCUUUCAAAGCAACAAGAGGAGGACUUGAAUGUUAUCAAACAAGAACAUAAUAAGAAGAAAAAAGCUUUUGACUCUGCCAUUAAACAAAUGAGUACAGAAAUGGAAAAGCUACUAACAUUGAAGGCUAAUUUUGAAAGUGAAAGAAGACUGCAUGCCAAAGACAAGGAGACGCUGGAACACCUGCAAUCUGAGCAGAAGGUGUGGGAAGAUCAAUUCCAGACUAACAUCCUAUCCAUCGGAAGAAUGAAAGAUAAUUGGAAGGAAAAUAAUAAGAAGAAACUUGAAGACAUUAACAAUAAAUUGGUCAAUUUAGAAACCAACAAUGAAGGUGUGCAGAAAAUGUUGCUUGAACUGAAACACAUGCUGGCAGACCAUAAUCAAGUUAUGGACCAAAUAUCAAUCAACAACAAACUACAGAAUGGAAAGACCCAGCUGGACAAUCUGUUGUCAAAAAUAGUGAAAGAAAAAGAAGACAUCAAGAAUAAAAAGGAAAAACUCUUGGUGCAAAAACAGGAGCUGGAAAAACUGAAGGAAGAGAUUAAACAAGAGAAAGAAUACCUGAUCCAAGCCAAUGAGAUCAUGAGCAAAGACAAACUGGAGCUUGAAUUCAAGAAGUCCGAUGUGAUAAAGGAAAUGAUCACACUGGAAGACAAUAAACGCAAGAUUAAAAACAGAUACACUGAAUUUGAAAUCACAGCAGGUGAGUUGAAGAAGACUAAGGUCGAAAUGGACACAUUCGUUGUGGAGCUGAAGAAAACAAGAGAUGAAGUCCAAUGUAACAGAUGUCUUUUAAAGCAACAAGAAGAGGACUUGGAUGUUAUCAAACAAGAACAUAAUAAGAAGAAAAAAGCAUUUGACUCUGCCAUGAAACAAAUGAGUAAAGAAAUGGAAAAGCUACUAACAUUGAAGGCUAAUUUUGAAAUUGAAAGAAGACUGCAUGCCAAAGACAAGGAAACACUGGAACACCUGCAAUCUGAGCAGAAGGUGUGGGAAGAUCGUUUUGAGACUAACAUACUAUCGAUCAAAAGAAUGACAGAUGAAUGGAAGGAAAAGAAUAACAAGAAACUUGACAAUAUUACCACAACAAUUGUCAAUUUAGAAACCAACAAUGAAAGUGUGCAGAAAAUGUUUCAUGAACUGAAACACAUGCUGGCAGACCAUAAUCAAGUUACGGACCAAAUAUCAAUCAACAACAAACUACAGAAUGGAAAGAUCCAGCUGGACAAUCUGUUGUCAAAAAUAAUGAAAGAAAAAGAAAACACAGAGAAUCAACAGGCAAAAGUCUUGGUACAAAAACAAGACCUGGACAAACUGAGGAAUGAGCUUAAACAAGAGAAAGAAUACCUGAUCCAAGCCAAUGAGAUCAUGAAAAAAGAGAAACUGGAGCUGGACUUGAUAAAGUCUGACAUGCAAAAAGAAAUAAUCACACUGGAAGACAAUAAACACAAGAUUAAAGACAGAAACACUGAAUUUGAAAUCUCAGCAAAUGAGUUGAAGAAGACGAAAGUAGAAAUAGUGAAAUUCAUUGUGGAGCUGAAGAAUAUAAGAGAUGAAGUCCAGUAUAAUCGAUGUAUUUCAAAGCAACAAAAGGAGGACUUGGAUGUUAUCAGACAAGAACAUGACAAGAAAAGAACCAAGCUUGAAUUUGCCAUGCAAAAAAUGAACACAGAAAUGGAGACUAUACUUAUCCAAAGAAGACUGCAUGCCAAAGACAAAGAGGAGAUGGAGCAUCUACAAUCUGUGCAGAAGGUGUGGGAAGAGCAACUUCGGAGUAACAUGCAGUUUAUCGAAAGAAUGAAAGAUAAUUGGAAGGAAAAGAAUACAAAGAAACUCGAAGAUAUGAACAAAAAAUUGUUCAAUUUAGAAACCAACAAUGAAGGUGUUCAGAAAAUGUUACUUGAACUGAAACACAUGCUGGCAGACCAUAAUCAAGUGACGAACCAAAUAUCAAUCAACAACAAAUUACAGAAUGGAAAGACCCAGCUGGACAACCUGUUGUCAAAAAUACUGAAAGAAAAAGAAGACAUCGAGAAUCAAAAGGAAAAACUCUUGGUGCAAAAACAAGACCUGGACAAACUGAAGAAUGAGAUUAAACAAGAGAAAGAAUACCUGAUCCAAGCCAAUGAGAUCAUGAGCAAAGACAAACUGGAGCUUGAAUUCAAGAAGUCUGAUGUGAUAAAAGAAAUGAUCACACUGGAAGAAAAUAAACGCAAGUUAAGAGACAGAUACAUUGACCUUGACAUCACAGCAGGCGAGUUGAAGAAGACCAAGGUCGAAAUGGACACAUUCGUUGUGGAGCUGAAGAAAACAAGAGAUGAAGUCCAAUGUAACAGAUGUCUUUUAAAGCAACAAGAAGAGGACUUGGAUGUUAUCAAACACAAACAUAAUAAUAAGAAAAAAGCCUUUGACUCUGCCAUUAAACAAAUGAAUACAGAAAUGGAAAAGCUACUAACAUUGAAGGCUAAUUUAGAAAUUGAUAGAAGACUGCAUGCCAAAGACAAGGAAACACUGAAACACCUGCAAUCUGAGCAGAAGUUGUGGGAAGACCGUUUUGAGACUAACAUACUAUCUAUCAAAAGAAUGACAGAUGAAUGGAAGGAAAAGAAUAACAAGAAACUUGACGAUAUUACCACAAAAAUUGUCAAUUUAGAAACCAACAAUGAAGGUGUGCAGAAAAUGUUACUUCAACUGAAACACAUGCUGGCAGACCAUAAUCAAGUUACGGACCAAAUAUCAAUCAACAACAAACUACAGAAUGGAAAGAUCCAGCUGGACAAUCUGUUGUCAAAUAUAGUGAAAGAAAAAGAAGACAUCGAGAAUCAAAAGGCACAACUCUUGGUACAAAAACAAGACCUGGACAAACUGAAGAAUGAGAUUGAACAAAACAAAGAAUACCUGAUCCAAGCCAAUGAGAUCAUGAGAAAAGAGAAAAUGGAGUUCGAUUUGAUGAAGUCUGAAAUGAAAAAAGAAAUGAUCACACUGGAAAAAAACAAAUGCAAGAUUAAAGACAGAUACAUUGACCUUGAAAUCACAGCAAGUGAGUUGAAGAAGACUAAGGUCGAAAUGGACACAUUCUUUGUGGAGCUGAGGGAAACAAGAGAUGAAGUUCAAUACAACAGAUGUUUUUUAAAGAAACAUAAGGAGGAGUUGGAUGUUAUCAGACAAAAACACCAAGAAAAGAGAAAAGACUUUGAGUCUGCCACCAAACAAAUGAGUGCAGAAAUGGAAAAGCUACUAACAUUGAAGGCUAAUUUUGAGAUUGAAAGAAGACUGCAUGCCAAAGAUAAGGAAACACUGGAACACCUGCAAUCUGAGCAGAAGGUGCGGGAAGAUCAUUUCCAGACUAACAUCAAAAGAAUGACAGAUGAUUGGAAAGAAAAGAAUAAGAAGAACCUCAGAAAUAUUGACAAUAAAUUGGUCAAUUUAGAAACCAAAAAUGAACUUCUGCAGAGAAUGUUUCAUGAACUGAAACACAUGCUGGCAGACCAUAAUCAAAUGACGAACCAAAUAUCAAUCAACAACAAACUACAGAAUGGAAAGAUCCAGCUGGACAAUCUGUUGUCAAAAAUUGUGAAAGAAAAAGAAGACAACAAGAAUCAAAAGGAAAGACUUAUGGUGCAAAAUCAAGACCUGGACAAACUGAAGAAUGAAAUCAAACAAGAGAAAGAAUACCUGAUCCGAGCCAAUGAGAUCAUGAGCAAAGACAAACUGGAGCUGGACUUGAUGAAGUCUGACAUGAAUAAAGAAAUGAUUACACUGAAAGACAAUCAAUGCAAGAUUAAAGACGGAUACGCUGAAUUUGAAAUCUCAGCAAAUGAGUUGAACAAGACGAAAGUAGAAAUAGAGAAAUUCAUUGUGGAGCUGAAGAAUAUAAGAGAUAAAGUCCAGUAUAAUCGAUGUAGUUCAAAACAACAAGAGGAGGACUUGGAUGUUAUCAGACAAGAACAUGACAGGAAAAGAAUGAAGCUUGAAUUUGCCAUGCAAGAAAUGAACACAGAAAUGGAAAAGAUACUUAUCCAAAGAAGACUGCAUGCCAAAGACAAAGAGAAGAUGGAACACCUACGAUCUGAGCAGAAGUUGUGGGUAGAUCACUUUAGGACUAUCACACUAUCUAUCAAAAAUAAUUUUAAAGCACAGAAUAAGAAGAAACUUGAAGACAUUAACAAAAAAGUGCUCAUUUUAGACACAAACAAUGAAGGUGUGCAGAAAAUAUGUCUUGAACUGAAACACAUGCUGGCAGACCAUAAUCAAGUGAGGAACCAAAUAUCAAUCCUCACAAACAUCCUUAAAAACGAAAAAGAAGUGAUCAAGAAUCAAAAGGCAAAACUUUUUGAUGAAAAACAAGAUCUGAAAAAAAUGAAGGGUGAGAUUGAACAAGACAAAGAAUACCUGAUCCAAGCCAAUGAGAUCAUUAGAAAAGAGAAAUUGGAGCUUGAAUUCAUGAAGUCUGAUAUGAAAAAAGAAAUGAUCACACUGGAAGACAAUAAACGCAAGAUUAAAGACAGAUACAUUGACCUUGAAAUCACAGCAGGUGAGUUGAAGAAGACGAAGGUCGAAAUGGACACAUUCGUUGUGGAGCUGAAGAAUAUAAGAGAUGACGUCCAAUGUAACAGAUGUCUUUCAAAGCAACAAGAGGAGGACUUACAUGUUAUCACACAACAACAUAAGAAGAAGAAAAAAGCCUUUGACUCUGCAUUGAAACAAAUGAGUACAGAAAUGGAAAGGCUACUCGCGUUGAAGGCUAAUUUUGAAAUUGAAAGAAUAUUGCAUGUCAAAGACAAGGAAACACUGGAACACCUGCAAUCUGAGCAGAAGGUAAGGGAAGAUCAUUUUCGGACAAUCAUACUAUCUAUCGAAAGAAUGACAAAUAAUUUGAAGGCAAGGAAUAAGAAGAGUCUCGAAGCCAUUAAGAAUAAAUUGGUCAAUUUAGAAACCAACAAUGAAGGUGUGCAGAAAAUGUUGCUUGAACUGAAACACACGCUGGCAGACCAUAAUCAAAUGACGAACCAAAUAUCAAUCAACAACAAACUACAGAAUGGAAAGAUCCAGUUGGACAAUCUGUUGUCAAAAAUAGUGAAAGAAAAAGAAGACAUAGACAACCAAAUGAAAAAACUAUUGGUGCAAAAUCAAGACCUGGACAAACUGAGGAAUGAAAUCAAAAGAGAGAAAGAAUACCUGAUCCAAGCCAAUGAGAUCAUGAGCAAAGACAAACUGGAGCUGGACUUGAUGAAGUCUGACAUGAAUAAAGAAAUGAUUACACUGGAAGACAAUCAACGCAAGAUUAAAGACAGAUACACUGAAUUUGAAAUUUCAACAAAUGAGUUGAACAACAUGAAAGUAGAAAUAGAGAAAUUCAUUGUGGAGCUGAAGAAUAUAAGAGAUGAAGUCCAGUAUAAUCGAUGUAUUUCAAAGCAACAAAAGGAGGACUUGGAUGUUAUCAGACAAGAACAUGACGGGAAAAGAAUGAAGCUUCAACUUGCCAUGCAAAAAAUGAACACAGAAAUGGAAAAGAUACUUCUCGAAAGAAGACUGCAUGCCAAAGACAAAGAAAAGAUGGAACAUCUACAAUCUGAGCAGAAGUUGUGGGUAGAUCACUUUCGGACUAUCACACUAUCUAUCAAAAGAAUGACAGAUAAUUUUAAAGCACAGAAUAAGAAGAAACUGGAAGACAUUAACAAAAAAGUGCUCAUUUUAGACUCAAACAAUGAAGGUGUGCGGAUAAUAUGUCUUGAACUGAAACACAUGCUGGCAGACCAUAAUCAAGUGAAGAACCAAAUAUCAAUCCUCACAAACAUCCUUAAAAACAUAUCUAUAGAAAAAGAAGUGAUCAAGAAUCAAAAGGCAAAACUUUUUGAUGAAAAACAAGAUCUGAAAAAAAUGAAGGGUGAGAUUGAGCAGGACAAAGAAUACCUGAUCCAAGCCAAUGAGAUCAUUAGAAAAGAGAAAUUGGAGCUUGAAUUCAUGAAGUCUGAUGUGAAAAAAGAAAUGAUCACACUGGAAGAUAAUAAACGCAAGAUUAAAGACAGAUACAAAGAACUUGAAAUCACAGCAGGUGAGUUGAAGAAGACGAAGGUCGAAAUGGACACAUUCGUUGUGGAGCUGAAGAAUAUAAGAGAUGACGUCCAAUGUAACAGAUGUCUUUCAAAGCAACAAGAGGAGGACUUACAUGUUAUCAAACAAGAACAUAAUAAGAAGAGAAAAGCCUUUGACUCUGCAUUGAAACAAAUGAGUACAGAAAUGGAAAAGCUACUAACACUGAAGGCUAAUUUAGAAAUUGAAAGAAGAUUGCAUGUCAAAGACAAGGAAACACUGGAACACCUGCAAUCUGAGCAGAAGGUGUGGGAAGAUCAUUUUCGGACAAUCAUACUAUCUUUCGAAAGAAUGACAAAUAAUUUGAAGGCAAGGAAUAAGAAGAAACUCGAAGGCAUUAACAAUAUAUUGGUUAAUUUAGAAACCAACAAUGAAGGUGUUCAGAAAAUGCUGCUUGAACUGAAACACAUGCUGGCAAACCAUAAUCAAGUGAUGGACCAAAUAUCAAUCAAUGACAAACUACAGAAUGGAAAGAUCCAUCUAGAAAAUUUGCUUUCAAACGUAGCGAUUCAACAAGUCGAGAUAGAGCAUCAAAGGGCAAAACUCUUGGAUGAAAAACAAGGCCUGAAAAAACUGAAGGGUGACAUUGAACAAGACAAAGGAUACCUGAUCCAAGCUAGUGAGAUCAUAAGAAAAGAGAAACUGGAGCUGGACUUGAUGAAGUCUGAUAUGAAAAAAGAAAUGAUUACACUGGAAGACAAUAAACACAAGAUUAAAGACAGAUACAUUGACCUUGAAAUCACAGUCAGUGAGUUGAAGAAGACUAAGGUCGAAAUGGACACAUUUGUUGUGGAGUUGAAGAAUAUAAGUGACGACGUCCAAUACAACAGAUGUCUUUCAAAGCAACAAAAGGAGGACUUAGAUGUUUUCAGAAAACAACAUAAUAAGAAGAAAAAAGCCUUUGACUCUGCCAUUAAAGAAAUGACUACAGAAAUGGAAAAGCUACUAACAUUGAAGGCUAAUUUAGAAAUUAAGAGAAGACUGCAUGCCAAAGACAAGAAAACACUGGAACACCUGCAAUCUGAGCAGAAGGUGCGGGAAGAUCAUUUUCUGACGAUCAUACUAUCUAUCAAAAGAAUGGCAAAUAAUUUAGAGGAAAGAAAUAAGAAAGGUCUCGAAGCCAUUAAGAAUAAAUUGGUCAAUUUAGAAACCAACAAUGAAGGUGUGCAGAAAAUGUUGCUUGAACUAAAACACAUGCUGGCAGACCAUAAUCAAGUGAGGAACCAAAUGUCAAUCAACAACAAACUACAGAAUGGAAAGAUCCAGCUGGACAAUUUGUUGUCAAAAAUAUUGAAAAAAAAAGAAGACAUAGACAACCAUAAGAUAAAACUCUUGGUGCAAAAUCAAGACCUGGACAAAAUGAGGAAUGAAAUCAAACAAGAGAAAGAAUACCUGAUCCAAGCCAAUGAGAUCAUGAGCAAAGACAAACUGGAGCUGGACUUGAUGAAGUCUGACAUGAAUAAAGAAAGGAUGAUGCUGGAAGACAAUCAACGCAAGAUUAAAGACAGAUACACUGAAUUUGAAAUCUCAGCAAAUGAAUUGAAGAAGACGAAAGUAGAAAUAGAGAAAUGCAUUGUGCAGCUGAAGAAUGUAAGGGAUGACGCCCAAUAUAACAGAUGCCUUUCAAAGCAACAAAAGGAGGACCUGGAUAUUAUCAGAGAAGAACAUAACAAGGAAAGACAUGGGUUUGCAUCUGCCACUGCAAAAAUGAGUAAAGAAAUGGAAAAGCUACUAACAUUGAAGGCUAAUUUUGAAAUUGAAAGAAGACUGCAUGCCAAAGACAUGGAGAUGCUGGAACACCUGCAAUCUGAGCAGAAGGUGUGGGAAGAUCAAUUCCAGACUAACAUACUAUCUAUCAAAAGAAUGACAGAUGAUUGGAAGGAAAAGCAUAAGAAGAAAGGCGAAGACAUUACCAGUAAAUUGGUAAAUUUAGAAAUCAACAAUGAAGGUGUGCAGAAAAUGUUACUUCAACUGAAACACAUGCUGGCAGACCAUAAUCAAGUUACGGACCAAAUAUCAAUCAACAACAAACUACAGAAUGGAAAGAUCCAGCUGGACAAUCUGUUGUUAAAAAUAGUGAAAGAAAAAGAAGACGUCAAGAAUCAAAAGGAAAAACUCUUGGUGCAAAAACAAGACCUGGACAAACUGAAGAAUGAAAUCAAACAAGAGAAAGAAUACCUGAUCCAAGCCAAUGAGAUCAUGAGCAAAGAGGAAUUGGAGCUUGAAUUAAUGAAGUCUGAUAUCAAAAACGAAAUGAUCACAGUGGAAGACAAUAAACACAAGAUUAAAGACAGAUACAUUGACCUUGAAAUCACAGCAAGUGAGUUGAAGAAGACCAAGGUCGAAAUGGACACAUUCGUUGUGGAGCUGAAGGAAACAAGUGAUGAAGUCCAAUAUAACUUAUCUCUUUUAAACCAACAAGAGGAGGAGUUGGAUGUCAUGAAACAAGAACAUAAGAAGAAGAGACAAUACUUUGACUCUGCCACAAAAAGAAUGAAUACAGAAAUGGAAAAGAUACUUCUUGAAAGAAGAUUGCAUGGCAAAGACAAGGAGAAGAUGGAGUAUCUGCAAUCUGAGCAGAAGUUGUGGGAACAUCAUUUUCAGACUAAUGUAUUAUAUAUCAAAGGACUUGCAGAUAAUUUGAAGGCACUGAAGAAGAGUAGACUUGAAGACAUUAACAAAACAAUUGUCAAGUUGGAAUCCAACACUGAGGAUGUGCAGAAAAUGUUGCUUGAACUGAAACACAUGCUGGAAGACCAUAAUCAAGUGAGGAACCAAAUAUCAAUCAACAACAAACUACAGAAUGGAAAGAUCCAGCUUUCAAAUUUGCUUUCAAACAUAGUGAAAGAAAAAGAAGACAUAGAGAAUCAAAAGGAAAAACUCUUGGUUCAAAAACAAGACCUGGACAAACUGAAGAAUGAAAUCAAACAAGAGAAAGAAUACCUGAUCCAAGCCAAUGAGGUCAUGAGCAAAGACAAACUGGAGCUGGACUUGAUGAAGUCUGACAUGAAUAAAGAAAUGAUUACACUGGGAGACAAUAAAUGCAAGAUUAAAGACAGAUACACUGAAUUUGAAAUCAUAGCACAGGCAUUUAAGAAGAAUAAAGUCAUAGCUGAAACAUUUGUUGAUGUGAUGAUGAACAUCAGAGAUCAACUCAAUGAUCAAAGUUGUCUUUUAAGGCUACAAAAGGAGGACUUGGAUGUUAUCAGACAAGAACAUGACGAGAAAAGAACCAAGCUUGAAUUUGUCUUGCAAAAAAUGAACACAGAAAUGGAAAAGCUUCUUCUCAACAGAAGACUGCAUGCCAAAGACAAAGAGAAGAUGGAACAUCUACAAUUUGAGCUGAAGGUGUGGAAAGAUCACUUCAGGACCAAUAAAAUGUCAAUACAAAGAAUGAAAGGUUCUUUGAAGGAGAAGCAUAAGAAGAAAUUCGAGUACAUUAACACAAAAUUGGUCACUUUGGAAGCAAACAAUGAAGGUGUGCAGAAAAUAUUGCUUGGACUGAAGCACAUGUUGGCAGACCAUAAUGGAGUGAGGAACCAAAUAUCAAUCAACAGCAAACUACAGAAUGGAAAAAUCCACCUUCACAAUUUACUUUCAAACAUAGUGAAAGAAAAAGAAGACAUGAAGAACCAACAGGCAAAACUCUUGGUACGAAAACAAGAGCUGGACAAUGAGAUGAAACAAAAUAAAGAAUAUCUGACCCAAGCCAAUGAAAUCAUCAGCAAGGAAAAAAUGGAGAUAGACUGGAUGAAGUCUGACCUGAAAAAAGAAAUGAUCACACUGGAAGAGAAUCGACGUAAGAUUAAAGACAUCUACAUUGACCUUGAAAUUAAAGCAAAUGUGUUUUGGAAGACUAAAUUAGAAAUGGACACAUUAGUUGAGAAUCUGAAGAAAGCAAGAGAUGAAUUCAGUAAUAACAAAUGCCUUUCAAAGCAACAAAAUGAGGAACUGGAUAUUAUCAAACAUGAACAUUAUAAAAAGAAAGAGGACUUUGAAGCUGCAACAAAUAAAUUUAGUAGACAAAUUGAAAAAAUUCUUACAAUGAAAGGUAACUUUGAUAGUGAAUUAAGACUGCAUGCCAAAGAAAAGGAAAAGGUGGAACAUCUGCAAUCUGAGCAGAAGGUUUGGGAAGAUCACUUUAGAUCUACCAGACUAUCUUUGGAAAGAAUGAUCAAUCAUUUGAAGAAGAAGAAUGACAAUAAACUUGAAGACAUUAAGAAAAAAUUGGCCAAUUUAGAAACCAACAAUGAAGGUGUGCAGAAAAUGUUGCUUGAACUGAAACACAUGCUGGCAGACCAUAAUCAGGUGAGGGACCAAAUAUCAAUCAACAACAAACUACAGAAUGGAAAGAUCCAGCAAAAAGCAAAACUCUUGGCAGAAAAACAAGACCUGGACAAACUGAAGAAUGAAAUCAAACAAGAGAAAGAAUACCUGAUCCAAGCCAAUGAGAUCAUGACUAAAGUCAAACUGGAGCUGGACAUGAUGAAGUCUGACAUGAAUAAAGACAUGAUUACACUGAAAGAGAAUCAGUGCACAAUUAAAAACAGAUACACUGACCUUGCUAUAACAGAAAAUGUGUUUAGAAAGAAUAAAUCUGAAAUUGACACAUUAGUUGAGGAGAUGAAGAAAUCAAGCGAUAAAGUCAAAUACAACCGAUGCCAAUUAAAGCAACAAAAUCACAACUUGGAUCUUAUCAGACAAGAGCAUGAUGAGACCAGAAAAGAAUUUAAAUCAGCCAUGAAAAAAAUUAGAACAGAAAUAGAAAACCUACAAACAAUGAAGGCUAAUUUUGAUAUCGAAAUAAGACUGCAUGCCAAAGACAAGGAGAAGAUGGAACACCAACAAUCUCAGCAAAAAGUACGGGAAGAUCACCUAAGGACCAAAAUACUGGCUUUACAAAGAAUGGCAGAUAAUUGGAAGGAACAAAGAAAUAAGAAACUUGAAGACAUUAACAAUAAAUUGGUCAGUUUAGAAACCAACAAUGUACGUGUGCAGAAAAUGUUACUUGAACUGAAACACAUGCUGGCAGACCAUAAUCAAGUGACGGACCAAAUAUCAAUCCACAACAAACUACAGAAUGGAAAGAUCCAGCUGGAUGAUUUCCUGUCAAAAAUAGUGAAAGAAAAAGAAGACAUAGAGAAUCAAAAGGAAAAACUCUUCGUUCAAAAACAAGACCUGGACAAACUGAAGAAUAAAAUCAAACAAGAGAAAGAAUACCUGAUCCAAGCCAAUGAGAUCAUGACUGAAGUCAAACUGGACCUGGACUUGAUAAAGUCUGACAUGAAUAAAGACAUGAUUAUGCUGGAAGACAAUCAACGCAAGGUUAAAAACAGUUACUCUGACUUUGUAAUCACAGCAAAUGAGAUGACAAAGGCGAAAUUAGAAAUGGACAAACUUGUUGUUGAGAUGAAGAAAAACAUGGACAAAGUCAAUUAUAGUUGUCUUUUAAAGCAACAAAAUGACGACUUGGAUGUUGUCAGACAAGAACAUGACAAAAAAAGACAAGAGUUUGAAUCUGUCGUGAAAAAAAUUUGUGCAGAAGUGGAAAAGAUACUUCUCGAAAGAAGUCUUCAUGCCAAAGACAAAGAGAAGAUGGAACAUUUACAAUCAGAGCAGAAGGUAUGGGAAGAUCACUUUAGGGCUCACAUACUGUCUUUAGAAAGACUUCAAGAUGACAUUAAGGUAAAGAAUAAGAAGAAAUUUGAGAACAUGAACAAGAAAUUACUGAAUUUAGAUGAAGGUGUGCAGAAAAUGUUACUUGAACUGAAACACAUGCUGGCAGACCAUAAUCAAAUAAUGAACAAAAUCUCAAUCAACAACAAACUAAUAUGGAAUGGAAAGAUCCAGCUGGAAAAUUUGCUGUCUAUCAUCGUGAAUGAAAAGGAAGAUAGACAGAAUCAAAAUGCUAAACUUUUGGAGGAAAAACAAGACCUGGAAAAACUAAAGAAUGAGAUUAAAUGCGAGAAAGAACGCCUCAUCCAAGCCAAUGAGAUCAUGAGCAAAGAGAAACUGGAGCUUUCAAAUUUGCUUUCAAACAUAGUCAAAGAAAAAGAAGACAUCUGCAAUGACUACACCAAAUUAUUGGUACAAAAACAAGACCUGGACAAAUUGAAGAAUGAAAUCAAACAAGAGAAAGAAUACCUGAUCCAAGCCAAUGAGAUCAUGAGCAAAGACAAACUGGAGCUGGACUUGAUGAAGUCUGACAUGAAUAAAGACAUGAUCACAUGGGAAGACAAUCAACGCAAGAUUAAAGACAGAUACACUGACCUUGAGAUCACAGCAAAUGGGUUUACGAAGAUUCGAGUAGAACUAGACACAUUAGUUGAGAAGAUGGAGAUAUGGAGGAAAGUUAUUCAAGAUCUCAGUAUGGAGGUUCUGACCAAAAGAGAUGAAGUCAAUUAUAACAGUUGUCUUUUAAAGCAACAAAAUAAAGUGUUGGAUGUUAUCAGACAAGAACAUCACCAGAAGAGAAAAGAGUUUGAAUCCGCCAUGAAAAGAAUGAGUACAGAAAUGGAAAAGAUACUUCUCGAAAGAAGACUGCAAACCAAAGACGAAGACAAAAUGGAACAUCUGCAAUCUGAGCAGAAGGUAUGGGAAGAUCACUUUAGGACUAAAAUGUUAUCCAUAGAAAGAAUGACAGGUCACUUUAAAGCACAGAAUAAGAAGAAACUUGAAGACAUCAACAAAACAUUACUCAAUUUAGAAGCCACCAAUGAAGGUGUGCAGAAAAAGUUAGUUGGACUGAAGAACCUGCUGGCAGACCAUCAUCAUUUGAGGAACCAAAUAUCAAUCAACAACAGACUCAUUUGGAAUGGAAAUAUCCAGCUGGACUGUUUGCUGUCAAAAAUAGUGAAAGAAAAAGAAGACAUAGAGAAUCAAAAAGGGAGACUCUUGGUGCAAAAACAAAACUUGGACAAACUGAAGAAUGAGAUAAAACAAGAGAAAGAAUACCUGAUCCAAGCCGAUGAGAUCAUGACCAGAGUAAAACUGGAGCUGGACUUCAUGAAGCCUGACAUGAAAGAGACAGACAAAGCGAAAAAAGAGUUUGAAUCUGCCAUGAAGAAAAUGAGAACAGAAAUGGAAAACCUACUGAGAAUGAAGGCUAAUUUUGAUAUCGAAAGAAGACUGCAUUACAAAGACAAGGAGGAGAUGGAAUACCAACAGUCUCAGCAGAAAGUACGGGAAGAUCACUUAAGGACUAAAAUACUGGCUUUACAAAGAAAUAAGAAACUUGAAGACAUUAACAAUAAAUUGGUCAAUUUAGAAACCAACAAUGAACUUCUGCAGAAAAUGUUGCAUGAAGUGAAACACAUGCUGGCAGACCAUAAUCAAGUGACGAACCAAAUAUCAAUCAACAACAAACUACAGGAUGGAAAGAUCCAGCUGGACAAUCUGUUGUCAAAAAUAGUGAAAGAAAAAGAAGACACAGAGAAUCAAAAGGAACAACUCUUGGUUCAAAAACAAGACCUGGACAAACUGAAGAAUGAACUCAAACAAGAGAAAGAAUACCUGAUCCAAGCCAAUGAGAUCAUGAGCAAAGACAAACUGGAUCUGGACUUGAUGAAGUCUGACAUGAAUAAAGAAAUGAUUACACUGGAAGACAAUCAACGCAAGAUUAAAGACAGAUACACUGAUUUUGAAAUCCUCGUAAUUGAGAUGAAUAAAACAAAAGUAGACAUAGACACAUUUGUUGUGGAGCUGAAGAAUAUAAGAGAUGACGUCCAAUAUAACAGAUUCAUUUCAAAGCAACUAAAGGAGGAUUUGGAUGUUACCAGACAAGAACAUAAUAAGACAAAAAAAGCAUUUGACUCUGCCAUUAAACAAAAGACUACAGAAAUGGAAAAGCUACUAACAUUGAAGGCUAAUUUUGAAAGUGAAAGAAGACUGCAUGCCAAAGUCAAGGAAACACUGGAACACCUGCAAUCUGAGCAGAAGGUGUGGGAAGAUCAAUUCCAGACUAACAUACGAUCUAUCAAAAGAAUGACAGAUGAUUGGAAGAAAAUGCACAAGAAGAAACUCGAAGACAUUAACAAAAAUGUGGUCAAUUUAGAAACCAAAAAUGAAGGUGUGCAGAAAAUGUUACUUGAACUGAAACACAUGCUGGCAGACCAUAAUCAAAUAAUGAACAAAAUCUCAAUCAACAACAAACUAAUAUGGAAUGGAAAGAUCCAGCUGGAAAAUUUGCUGUCUAUCAUCGUGAAAGAAAAGGAAGAUAGACAGAAUCAAAAUGCUAAACUUUUGGAGGAAAAACAAGACCUGGAAAAAUUAAAGAAUGAGAUUAAAUGCGAGAAAGAAUGCCUCAUCCAAGCCAAUGAGAUCAUGAGCAAAGACAAACUGGAGCUGGACUUGAUGAAGUCUGACAUGAAUAAAGACAUGAUCACAUGGGAAGACAAUCAACGCAAGAUUAAAGACAGAUACACUGACCUUGAGAUCACAGCAAAUGGGUUUACGAAGAUUCGAGUAGAACUAGACACAUUAGUUGAGAAGAUGGAGAUAUGGAGGAAAGUUAUUCAAGAUCUCAGUAUGGAGGUUCUGACCAAAAGAGAUGAAGUCAAUUAUAACAGUUGUCUUUUAAAGCAACAAAAUAAAGUGUUGGAUGUUAUCAGACAAGAACAUCACCAGAAGAGAAAAGAGUUUGAAUCCGCCAUGAAACGAAUGAGUACAGAAACGGAAAAGAUACUACUCGAAAGAAGACUGCAAACCAAAGACAAGGACAAAAUGGAACAUCUGCAAUCUGAGCAGAAGGUAUGGGAAGAUCACUUUAGGACUAAAAUGUUAUCCAUAGAAAGAAUGACAGGUCACUUUAAAGCACAGAAUAAGAAGAAACUUGAAGGCAUCAAUAAAACAUUACUCAAUUUUAAAGCCACCAAUGAAGGUGUGCAGAAAAAGUUAGUUGGACUGAAGAACCUGCUGGCAGACCAUCAUCAUUUGAGGAACCAAAUAUCAAUCAACAACAGACUCAUUUGGAAUGGAAAGAUCCAGCCUGACAAUUUGCUGUCAAAAAUAGUGAAAGAAAAAGAAGACAUCGAGAAUCAAAAAGGGAAACUCUUGGUGCAAAAACAAAACUUGGACAAACUGAAGAAUGAGAUAAAACAAGAGAAAGAAUACCUGAUCCAAGCCGAUGAGAUCAUGACUAAAGUGAAACUGGAGCUGGACUUCAUGAAGCCUGACACGGAAGAGACAGACAGAGUGAGAAAAGAGUUUGAAUCUGCCAUGAAAAAAAUGAGAACAGAAAUGGAAAUCCUACUGAGAAUGAAGGCUAAUUUUGAUAUCGAAAGAAGACUGCAUUACAAAGACAAGGAGGCGAUGGAAUACCAACAGUUUCAGCAGAAAGUACAGGAAGAUCACUUAAGGACUAAAAUACUGGCUUUACAAAGAAUGACAGAUAAUUGGAAGGAACAAAGAAAUAAGAAACUUGAAGACAUUAACAAUAAAUUGGUCAAUUUAGAAACCAACAAUGAACUUCUGCAGAAAAUGUUGCUUGAACUGAAACACAUGCUGACAGACCAUAAUCAAGUGAGGAACCAAAUGUCAAUCAACAACAAACUACAGAAUGGAAAGAUCCAGCUGGACAAUUUGUUGUCAAAAAUAAUGAAAGAAAAAGAAGACAUCGGGAAACAAAAGGAAAAACUCCUGGUACAAAAACAAGACCUGGACAAACUGAAGAAUGAAAUCAAACAAGAGAAAGAAUACCUGAUCCAAGCCAAUGAGAUCAUGAGCAAAGACAAACUGGAUCUGGACUUGAUGAAGUCUGACAUGAAUAAAGAAAUGAUUACACUGGAAGACAAUCAACGCAAGAUUAAAGACAGAUACAUUGAUUUUGAAAUCCUUGUAAUUGAGAUGAAUAAAACAAAAGUAGACAUAGACACAUUUGUUGUGGAGCUGAAGAAUAUAAGAGAUGACGUCCAAUAUAACAGAUUCAUUUCAAAGCAACUAAAGGAGGAUUUGGAUGUUACCAGACAAGAACAUAAUAAUAGGAAAAAAGCCUUUGACUCUGCCAUUAAACAAAUGAGUACAGAAAUGGAAAAGCUACUAACAUUGAAGGCUAAUUUUGAAAGUGAAAGAAGACUGCAUGCCAAAGACAGGGAGACGCUGGAACACCUGCAAUCUGAGCAGAAGGUGGGGGAAGAUCAAUUCCAGACUAACAUACUAUCUAUCAAAAGAAUGACAGAUGAUUGGAAGAAAAUGCAUAAGAAGAAAGGUGAAGACAUUAACAAAAAAGUGGUCAAUUUAGAAACCAACAAUGAAGGUGUUCAGAAAAUGUUACUUGAACUGAAACACUUGCUGGCAGACCAUAAUCAAGUGAAGAACCAAAUAUCAAUCAACAACAAACUACAGAAUGGAAAGAUCCAGCUGGACAAUCUGUUGUCAAAACUAGUGAAAGAAAAAGAAGACACCGAGAAUCAAAAGGAAAAACUCUUGGUUCAAAAACAAGACCUGGACAAACUGAAGAAUGAAAUCAAACAAGAGAAAGACUACCUGAUCCAAGCCAAUGAGAUCAUGACUAAAGUGAAACUGGAGCUGGACUUCAUGAAGCCUGACCCGGAAGAGACAGACAGAGUGAGAAAAGAGUUUGAAUCUGCCAUGAAAAAAAUGAGAACAGAAAUGGAAAACCUACUGAGAAUCAAGGCUAAUUUUGAUAUCGAAAGAAGACUGCAUUACAAAGACAAGGAGGAGAUGGAAUACCAACAGUCUCAGCAGAAAGUACGGGAAGAUCACUUAAGGACUAAAAUACUGGCUUUACAAAGAAUGACAGAUAAUUGGAAGGAAAAAAGAAAUAAGAAACUUGAAGACAUUAACAAUAAAUUGGUCAAUUUAGAAACCAACAAUGAACUUCUGCAGAAAAUGCUGCUUGAACUAAAACACAUGCUGGCAGACCAUAAUCAAGUGACGGACCAAAUAUCAAUCAACAACAAACUACAGAAUGGAAAGAUCCAACUGAACGAUUUGUUGUCAAAAAUAGUGAAAGAAAAAGAAGACAUCCGGUAUCAAAAGGAAAAACUCCUGGUACAAAAUCAAGACCUGGACAAACUGAAGAAUGAAAUCAAACAAGAGAAAGAAUACCUGAUCCAAGCCAAUGAGAUCAUGAGCAAAGACAAACUGGAGCUGGACUUGAUGAAGUCUUACAUGAAAAAAGAAAUAAUCACACUGGAGGAGAAUCAACGUACAAUGAAAGACAGAUACAUCGACCUUGAAAUCAAAGCAAAUGAGUUCAGGAAGAAUAAAGUAGAAAUGGACACAUUGGUCGAGGAGAUGAAGAAAAAUACCAAAAUUAUUCAAGACGUAAACGUUGAGGUUCAAAUGAAAAGAGAUUCCGUGAUUUCUAACAUACAUUUUUUAAAGCGAGAAAACGUGAAUUUGGAUGUUUUAAGAAAGGAACACGAUAGGAACAAAAGUACUAAAAUUCAAACGCUCCAUACAAUGGCCAUUGGUUUGUCUGCCAGCGAAGGGAAAUUGGAACCUGAGCCACGCCUUGAACGGGGCUGGUUCACCGGUGCAACUCAUGACAGAAGACUUCUUGAGGCUAAAAUAGAAAAGUUGAAACAAAGUCUACAUGAGAAUUAUCAAAAAGUUAUGCGUCAGUGUUCACUCAAUACGGAACACUAUCUACUUUUGAGUCAAAUGUUCCAAGACAUUUGUUAUGAACUUGAGAAACUAAUAAUUAGUGGAUAUUAUCAAACGAUUCAAGGAAAAACAACCCAACUUUUCAUACCACUAUCAAAGGUCAUAAAGCAUGAAGAUCACAAGACAAUUCUCCUCCGGAACCGUACGUUGAUCCAGAGAGAACUAUUCGAAACAAAAAUGAGACUUGAUGAAAAUCCUGUCAUUGUACCCAGAAGUGAUGGAGAGGAAAUGGAACUGAAGCAGAAGAUUUCCACUCUACCGGAAUCAGUGCCAACAAUACGUGUUUCCACAGUCAACAAAAUCUCGAAAAGUGAUUGCCUGAGAAAAAUCUGGAGGGAUACAAAAACACAAAAGAAGGAGAUCGAUCAGAUGAAGUGUAGAAGUCAUGAUGUGAAAGAAAAAAUGGAGAAACGAUUACAUGCGAUAAACACAACGGUUGAAUCAUAUUGGCUACAUAAGGAUGAGACAUUUGCGAAGAUCACAGAUCAAGGAUUUGGUCAAAAAUGGCAAAGUUACUCUGAGACAAAAGAUGAAAACCUCCAGAAACUCAAAAUUGAGAUGCUCGGUAAUAUUGACACUCUCAUUGCCAAGAAAGAAAAUCUGACCAAGACCCUGAAAACAAGUGAUAAAGCAAACCAAACACUUGCGAUGGACGUGACAACAGAAAAUUACCAUGGUAACAAGACCAGAAAAACAAAACUGGCAAAGGCGUCCAGUGGACUUUUGCACCAGUUCCAGUGUUGCUAUAACAAAUGCCGCCGCAGUAACCGCAAGUCACCAUAUCCGGAGUAAAAAUGAAAUGCAAGCUUAUAUUGAUGAUAUGUAGAAGCUUAUUUGGCCAACUGGGAUUGAGGAUCGAACCUGCAACCUCCACCGCCCACUCAAUUCAGUCUGUAUCUUAUAUCCUGUUGAGGUUCAUAUAGGUGAGAUUGAGCCAGUCCGUGUUGGCUUUUGGCGUAGUAUACCUGUUUUUGGACUGUUUGUUUUUUGUAUAAUCCAAAAUUGUUAUGUAAUUUAUGAGAUUGGAGACUUUUGUAUAUUUGACUGCUUUGUUUGGUUUUGCAUAUUUACACCGCCCUUGUUAACGCCUACAAUAAACUGAUAAAAAUACUAUAUUGUCGUGGACAGUCACACUUUUUUGAUGACUGUUAUGUCCCGUAAAAAAAUGACCAAUUAUGGUGAACUCUAUGGUCUGCAACUGGGUCUAGCAAAACCAUUCAUUACCAGACAUUGUAGAUCUUUAUUCCAGUAAUUGGGAGAGACACAUGACUAGUCUAAAAACAGUUUUCCAGCGCUUAGCUUAGCUUAACGGUUUUUUCUCAACUGCGCUCCAUUUUUCCCGCCAGUACAUACUACGUGCUCCUCCGUUAAUGACCCCCUGACAUGAUGACCAGAGAGCUACGUUCCAAUCAUAAACUAUAUAAGGUUCCUAAAAUAAUGAGUGACAGGUCAAUAACACUCAAUCGGCCUAUAAAUAUAUAUUUUUAAUCGUGGAAUAAAUAUUUUACAGUAAAAAUAAUUUUUAAAAUAAUAUUUGCGGGCUGCACGGCGGUCGAAUGGUUAGCGCGCAGACCUCACAGCGAGGAGACCCGAGUUCAAUUCCACCCUCGGCCAUCUCUGUGUGGAGUUUGCAUGUUUGCAUGUUCUCCCCGUUUUCUUCAGGUACUCCAGUUUCCUCCCAUAUUCCAAAAACAUGCUAGGUUAAUAGGCGACUCCAAAUUGUCCAUAGGUAUGAAUGUGAGUGUGAAUGGUUGUUUGUCUAUAUGUGCCCUGUGAUUGGCUGGCCACCAGUCCAGUGUGUACCCUGCCUCUCGCCCGAAGACUGCUGGGAUAGGCUCCAGCACCCCCCGUGACCAUUGUGAGAAAAAGCGGUAGAAAAUGAAUGAACACCACAGAUUAAAAGUUUGGGCUUCCUUUAUUCCCCUGCUUUCAUUUCAAUACCGAAUCUUUAUAAUAAUAAUAAUAAUAAUAAGUUAAUUGCUCUGUUUAUAGGACAAAGGUGCGCUGCGGACAUUUUUUUGAUUUUCAAGUGGGCCCCAAGUUGGUAAAGUUUUUGAACCCCUGAUCUAGUGUGUUACUUCUCUACAAAGUUUAAGCAACACCAGUUAAACUACUACUACUACUACUACUAUCGAAAAGUUAACCUUAGCAAUGCUCCUAUCCCUACAACACUAUGAAGUUUAUGUUGGCUCGUGUCUAUUUCCUGUUAUAGUUUUCCUGGGCCGGAUGUAUACCAGCAACCAGCGCUUGAUGCGUUGGGCCCUCCUGGCCCAGGACUAUAUCUUGGUAAUCAAACACAAGAAGGGACCUGACGUGUUGUACUGUGGGUGAGUCUUUAAAUUUUAAUAGAUCAUACAAAUGGCAUUGUUAGAAUCCUAAGGGUUUAUUCUUAUGGGAGGCUGCAGAGUGGUGACACACCUGGAAGGUGCAUCCCAGGUGUGUCUAAUUGCCAAUCAGACGGCGCCUCCAUAUUGGAGGCAGGCAGCGAGCCAUGCGGCUUUCGAAGUGCUGCUGUGUGGAUGACCAUGUGGCCAUGUUGUGUGCUGUUUGCUCAGCCAUUUGGUGUCCCAUUACUUUUGUUUCACUAGUUUCUUUCUUACGAUUACCCAAGAAAAUAUCCAUCCAUCCAUUUUCUAUGCCGCUUAUCCUCACUAGGAUGAUAUCCAAAACAAAGCGAAUUCAUUACUGUUGAUUGCCAUGGUUUGACAUGGUAACACAACAUUCUAGCAACAUUUAUAGAUCAAAAAGGUGGAAAAAGUACUCUAUUAAGGGCUUUCAUAUAUGAGAAUGAUAGAUGUUGCAUUUUUCAAUAUACAAAAUCUAAACACGUAUACAUAUAAAUACAUUAAAAGAAAUAACAUUUUUCUAAUAACAGUACAAUCCUGCAUUAUUUCACAAAUUUUAUUAUUGUAUUGCAUCAUUUGAGUUCAAACUGGAAAAAAAGUGUCAAAAACAAAAAUCAAAUCCCAUUACAUAGAAAAAAAUACAAUAAUAAAAAUCCUGAUAAAAAGGCAUUAAAAACCAAAGACAUAUUUACAAAGUCUUUUAAAGUAGACUUUCAUGUUACUGCUGCGCUCUGUGAACUUGAAUUCUUGGGAGGGGGGGAAGAAAAAAAAACAACAAUGGCAAUUAAGAUCAGUGCAUUCAUGAGGCAAUGAUCGUAAAAAAGAAAUUCUAGUAUUAUUUUCAAAAAAUAUUUUUUUAUUAGCUGUCUAUUUCCAGCCAAUCAGUGACAUUAUUCAUGUUACCGAAUAAAUAGAAACUGUCAUCAAACAAUCCCAAACAUUGGCUGAUGUCUCAACCAUUCCAUUACUUUCUCAGAGCGAGCUUAUAAUCCGGUCAUUUUUUAAUUUUUUUUCUGUGAACUCAUAUUAACAAUACGUAUUAAUCAAAAUACAUUCAUUGUUUACACAGACACGUGUAUGCACAAUAGCUAUACAAACAUUAUGUACAAGAGAGCAAGGAGUUGGCGUCCACCUAUCCGCAAAUGAAGGAAUGGUCCAUAUUGCUGCGAAAGAAAAAAAACUGCGAUUUCCGGAUGUUACGAAGAGUCCAAAACAAACACCGCAAUUCUAAUUUAUAAUGAUGUCAAGUGCGUUUGUUUGUUCUUAUUGUGAUAGCGCUGACGUAUGAAGACUUUAGUUAGAAUGGUGAGGACAAACAAGGUGACAAAUCGAUAAAAAAAAUAUAUAUUUGUACUAGCAUAGAGCAUAGGAUAGUGGUACGUAGCACAGAAAGCGGAUCAUCGCUUGUAGAUUUUGUCGCUUUGUUGCUCGGCAUAAUUACAUGACCAAUUUCGACAAAACUGUGAUGGAAAUGACUCUCAAAUGUCAUGAGUCCAAAUCGAAGAUUAGCACGUUGAGGACAAACAAGGUGAAAAAACGGCAAAUUAGUAUUUUGUACAUCGUGGCAAAGACCGUGGAUUUGUCAUUGAUAUUUUUUUUUAUUUUUUUGGAUUUGUUAUUGAUAAUUUAAAAAAAUGUUUACUUAUCCUAAAAAUGUGACCACUUAAACCAGUUACCAGUUAAACGUUUUUUUUACGUUGAUGUUUAAAAUUUUUUUUACUUAUCCUAAAAACGUGACCACUUAAACCAGUUACCAGUUAAACGUUUUUUUUACGUUGAUGUUAAAAAAAUGGCAAUUUUUCCAGAAUUUUUUUUAAGAAUGUUAUGUGUCCAAAUGUCAUGAGUCCAAAUCAAAGAUUAGCACGUUGAGGACAAACAAAGUGACAAAAUGGCAAAUUAGUAUUUUGUACAUCAUAGCAAAGGCUGUGAAUUUGUCAUUGAUAUUUUUUUUUUACUUAUCCUAAAAACGUGACCACUUAAACCAGUUACCAGUUGAAUGUUUUUACGUUGAUGUUGACGUAAAAAAAAUUUGGCAAUUUUUCUAGAUUUUUUUUUUUUAAGAAUGUUAUAUGUCCAAAUUUCAUGAGUCCAAAUCGAAGAUUAGCAUGUUGAGGACAAACAAGGUGAAAAAACGUCAAAUUAGUAUUUUGUACAUCGUAGCAAAGACCGUGGAUUUGUCAUUGAUAUUUAAAAUUUUUUUUUUACUUAUCCUAAAAACGUGACCACUUAAACCAGUUAUCAGUUAAACGCUUUUUUUUACGUUUAUGUUUACGUAAAAAAAAAAUUGGCAAUUUUUCCAGAUUUUUUUUUUUAAGAAUGUUGUGUCCAAAUGUCAUGAGUCCAAAUCGAAGAUUAGCACGUUGAGGACAAACAAGGUGAAAAAGCGGCAAAUUAGUAUUUUGUACAUCGUAGCAAAGGCCGUGGAUUUUUUUUUUACUUAUCCUAAAAACGUGACCACUUAAACCAGUUACCAGUUGAAUUAUUUUUUUACGUUGAUGUUGACGUAAAAAAAAAUUGGCAAUUUUUCCAGAUUUUUUUUUUUUUAAAGAAUAGUCACUUAAUGCAUGAAAUUCAUCCCCAUGCAGGAGGUUGGUAUGGUCUGACUUGUACUCCGGUCUGUGCCAUUUUAUCCAGUUUUGUCGAAUGGACUUUCUAAAAGCUGAGACUGUUUCGGAAGCAGAAUGUCGGGGUUAAAAGUCUGUGCGGGUACGAUGUUGGGGCAUCCGGGUGAACGCAUUUCCGUCUCUCUUUCGGGGAUGUUUUUUCGUUAGUUCUGAUGUCGCUUCAUGUGUAGGGCCAGGUGAUCCGACCGUGAGAAGCAUCGGCUGCAGGCGACACAUUUGAAGGGUUUGGCGCCCGUGUGUUUCCGGUAGUGUCGCGUAAGCUCGUCUGAGCGGGCGAAGCGCCAGUCGCAGUUGUCCCACGUGCAGCGGUAAGGUUUUUCACCUGACAAAAGACAAAAAUAACACAUUUAAUGUUGUUUACAUCUCCCUCCAAAGACAAGAUGGCUUUUAGCUAGCAGCUUGUUUCAAUACUAUAGCAGUCAAUAGUUGUUUGUUCAGUAUGCGUCGUAUUUCACCCGAGUAUUUCCAUGCCCCCGAGGAUAAUAAUCUGAGAGGCGGCUGAGCUUUUGACCCCCGACAACGCGCCCAUACCGCAAAACCAAACACACCUGUGGUCCUUUUAUGUACACACUUUGAGAGCUAUUAGCGAGAAACAGGAUAUUGUUCACAUAGGACAAAAAAAAAUGGUUUAAAAACUUCACGUUGACUCAAACAAACAUAGGCUGGCUGUUUAUUGUCACCUGCUCUUUGGACCCCUCGGCACCGCUAAAGACUGCCAUGUCAUGAUUGAUGGCCAAUAGCCGGCGCUAUCUAAUCAGCGCUAACGUUGCUAAUGAGCACUUGAUGCCCCUAAACGGCCAACAACGCUCACUGAUAGAAAGGAGAAUUCCUCAAGGAUUCAAUCUUAAAUCAUUUCAGCGGGUUUUCCGAUGCUAACUCGUAAUAGCUAACUUGACUUUUUAUCUUGCUUUUUCAGUUUGACUGAGUUUUUUACUCAAGCGAGUCACUUCCUUGUCGACAAUCUUUGUGUUUCUUCUUGUUUGUGUGCAUAGGAGCACAUUCAACUGAAUUUUUUUUUUUACACCGUGUUGAUGAUUAGCUCACGCUUUGGCAGCCGCACUGCAGAGAAAUGUCAAUGUUUGGGUGGGGUUGACUAAACGUCUUAGCUAGAUUUAACCCGGCUCAUUAUUCCUUGCCUUUUCAAAUUUUGUCCUCAUGUACUCUUUCCUUUCUCUCUUUUUUUUUUUUUUUGAAUGACGGAACACAGCCAUGUUUUUUUUAUUUCCUGGUUAGCAACAUUCCGCCUGGGUGCCCAAAAACAACUUUUGCUUUAGUAUUCGUCACACAGAAAUGUUUUUAUUUUGGAUAGCAGGUUUGCUAGCUUUUACUUGGAUAUACUUGUCACAUUUAGCAUCUUCUAAAGCGGAUAUUUAGAUAGACUGGUCAUAUUUGUGGGUAGUUAGCAUGUUUGGUCUGGUCAUAUUUUGGGUGUUAGCUAGCAUGUCAUUUGGAUAAGCAUGUUGGCAGGUGGUAAAUUGGAUACUGAUAACAUUUGUGGGUAUUUAGCAUGUUUGAUAUCUGUUAUUUGGAUAUACUCGUCACAUUUUGGAAGGUUAGCAUCUUCUAAAGCGGAUAUUUAGAUAGAUUGGUCAUAUUUGUGGGUAGUUAGCAUGUUCAGCCCGGUCAUAUUUUGGGUGUUAGCAGUGUUAGCUAGCAUGUCAUUUGGAUAAGCAUGUUUGCAGGUGGUAAAUUGAAUAAACUGAUAACAUUUGUGGGUAUUUAGCAUGUUUGAUAUGUUAUUUGGACAUACUCGUCACAUUUUGGAAAGUUAUCAUCUUCUAAAGUGGAUAUUUGUGGGUAGGUAGUAGCAUGUUUGGUCUGGUCAUAUUUUGGGUGUUUUGGGUCCAUAAUUUUGAUAAAUUCCUACUAUUUCGGUUUGUUAGCAUGUUGGCAGGUGGUAAAUUGGAUAGACUGGUCACAUUUGUGGGUAGUUAGCAUGUUUGUUAUUUGGACAUACUCGUCACAUUUUGUGAGGUUAGCAUCAUUGCAAGCUGUUAUUUGGAUACACUGGUCGUAUUUGAGGGUAGUUUGCAUCUUUACUAUCUGGUUUUUUUUUUUAAUAGACUGAUGAGGUUUUUGGGCUGUUUACAUGCUAACUGUUAAUGUUAGAGAAGUGUAGCAUUAUUGUGACAAAAAUGCAAUGUUUUUACUGCAGAACUUACACUACAAAACUAGCAAGAAAAUAGCAAUUCCAUGGCAAAAUGCUUUGCUUUAGCACAAUUUCUCACAAAUUUGGCUUUAAUUUUGUCAAACCUGCAUUUUUACACAGCUUACAGUGCCAGUUGUUGACGUCGCUAGAUAUCAAAUAAAAACUACCUGUCUAAAUUGCCUUGAAAUACAUUUAUCCCUUUUACUGUUUGAGCAGCUGGCCAACCAAUUAGAAACCCCAAACACACAAGCACUCAAUACAGGCUAAUAUAGUAUGUAAGCACGUAUAAGCACGUUCUGCAAGACCAAACAGUCAUGCAGCAGUCUCAGCCCGUGCAAACACAACAAAACAAAACAGUGCAAAAGUGCAUCGAUCACUCAUGCACACAAAAGGACUUUUCUAUCGUGUGUGUGUGUGCUUUUUGAAAAGAGCAUCACAUGACUUGCCUUUCAUGUGUGCAUUGUAUUUAUUCUGUCUGUUUCUCAUUUGUCCUUAAGAGGCCACUGUAGAAGAACAAACACCCCAAACAACCCUCCCACUCUCACCCCAAUGGCACUUAAGAAUAAGGGAUGAUCUUGUACAGUUAAAAAAAAAAAAGUUUCCCAAUUUGUCCAUUUAUGUCCAUUUGUGUUCAUACAUGACUAUACACCUUGUCUUCUUGGAUCACGCCUGACAAUAAUAAUCUUUUACGAGCACCUGUGCAUGCUUUUACGGAGGCAAAGAGCAAACACUUACAGGCUCUCCAGGACACCCAUAAAGUCCGUGUGGGACUCUUGACGUUUUAUCAGCUCACCAAGUAAGGUCUAGGAGGGUGGGGGGGUCCAAACAUACGACUGAGGCCAUGGUCAAGGUUGCCUUUGCACAUGACGGAUGGGUUGAUUGUUAUGAUAACAGAACCGUCCACGACCACAUAUAUAUGCGUGUUCUAUUGUCUGUUUUUUGUAUAUACACUAUGGGCACAGCUGCUGGAGAAAAUCAAUUUGAACGGAAAACUUUAGCAUCUUAAAGAGUUGAUUUUGCAAAACAAGAAUGUUCAGGUUGGAGUUUUAUGUGGCGGUUACGUGGAUUUGAAUUUGAAGUAGUUUUGCUCCGAGCCCCAGGCUAAGCUGCCUUUAUGAGUGCCGCUUAUACUUUUUAUGCUCAGUAGAGUACACAUGAAAUAUCGAAUUAACUCUUGGUUAUUGUCCAAUUUAGCGCCGACAGUACAGUAUAUCCGAAAGUAGAUCUACAGUAACUGAACGGUGGAUCAAAUAUCGCCUCUUACUAUAUAUAAAAAAAUUAAAAAACGUGUCUAGACUGGCAAAAAUUAUGUAUUUUAGGGCCUCCUUGGCCUUCAAAAAUGUUGGCACCAGCCUCCGGUGCGUUUGGUUGACAUAAAAUCCGGAACCAAUAAUUGCAGAACACAUGAAAAGAUAGAACGUAUCUAUUCUGUAAAACGCACAAGUCGUCAGAUAUUUACGUUUUAUUUAGUUUUUCUGGGAAUCUACAUAUUUUGAUGCUAUAUUGACAUGUAUAAUCAGAGUUAACUCUUGGUUAUUGUCCAAUUUAGCGCCUACAGUACAGUAUAUCCGAAAGUAGAUCGACAGUAACUGAAUGUUGGAUCAAAUAUCGCCCCUUACUAUAUAUAAAACAAUUAAAAGGUGUGUAUAGCCAGGCAAAAAAUAUGUAUUUUAGGGCCUCUUUGGCCCUCAAAAAUAUCUCUCUUUCAUGCUUAAAUGUUGGCACCAGCCUCCGGUGCGUUUUAGUUGACAUAAAAUCCGGAAGAAAUCAUUGCAGAACACAUGAAAAAAUAGAACGUAUCUAUUCUGUAAAACACACAAGUCGUCAGACAUUUACAUUUUAUUUAGUUUUUCUGGGAAUCUACAUAUUUUGAUGCUAUAUUGACAUGUAUAAUCAGACUAGUAACUGUUUCAUAGAUAAAAAAAAAAUGGUAGAUAAAAAAAUGGGGGAUCUCGUACAGCACCUUGAGGUGCGCCACAGCUUUUUUUUUUUAUAUCAAGACAUCAGCGUAGAGUUAUCUAUGACUUCCCAUCUCAUAUGUGAGUCGAGGUGAUGCAAAGUGUGCAAUAUUUGCUCAGCAUUAUGUUAGCAAACAGUUUCAUGACAGACAAAUAGCCAGUGGACGUAGUCGAGCACUGGGUGCCCCAAAAGCCAAAUCCGGUUAGUUUGGUCUUUUGCUUAAUUUGUCUAUCCAUUGACAUUUCCUUCAGUUAAGAGCAGCCACCACACCGGUCGACAUACUCUACUCGUGAGUCAUCAUCAACCAAACGCAAAACAAGAUGAGGCAGGCUUCAUUUUGCAAGUGAAACCUGCUGAUCAGACCUUCGGACCAGAGUCCAAUACUAUAAUGUACAAGGCAAUAGCAUUGGUGUUUUUGGUCACAACCCCCCCCAACGACACAGUUUGUCUUGUUGUGUUUACUCACGCAUUGCUGUUUAAUGUUCUCACCACAUCAUUUAUGGUCUUUCACACUCCCGGAACAACUGAACUUUCCCAGGAAACCCAUUGAUCAUAUCUUAUGUAUGACAGCAAAGAUUCUAUUUAGUCUCUCGCAUGAGUAAGUACCCAUAGAAAUAAUAAUAAUAAUAACAAAAGAUAUGCGGGGUAUGACAAAAAGCCACAGGUUUCACCUUACAAGAAGGGAAACAUCGAAACUUCUGUGCCUUCCUUUUGAAAAGACUAAAAAGCAGGAGUAACUGGUUUAAGCCUUCUUUUUUAUGGUCUUUGGUCUUUUCCCUUUCCCCCCCCUCGCCGCCCUUUGUUUUUUUUCUUUCUGGGGGAAGCUCAGAGGGCAGGUAACAACAUGUACCAGCAUGGCGAAGAAAAAAACACUAGAAUUCUUCAGCAAGUUAAUGCUGUUUUUCUUGUCAUGGGCUCUGCAAAUGUCCAACUUCCUUAUGGCCUUUUUUUGUUGGUGUGUUUUUUUUACCUGUGUGCGUCCUCUGGUGUGCCUUCAGAUGCGAGCUCUUCGUGUAAACUUUAGUGCACCCUGCAACAAAACAAAACAAAAACAAACGUAAAUGUAAGAAAUGUGCCAGACUUAAUUUUGAGAUAAGAAUGUUUUGUGGUUAAACAAGGAACUUGCAAGAAACAUUUUGUUUUUGCCUGUUGAUGUGUUUGUUCCGCUAUUAAAACAAUGCAACUGACUUAAUGCAAAAUGGAAAAUAUCGAAAAUAUACUAUAAGACAGGAUAAAAGUUUACGAUUUUAUGAGAUUUUGUAGUGAAUAAUGGAUUAAUUCUUCCGGCAUGAGCAAGACUUGCGUACAAUUCCUUGCAAAACUAAAAUAUUGUUAGUCCUUGGUAGAGCUCUGUACUUUGACUAAGUAAAUGUGCAAUAUUAACAACAAAAGACCAAUUGAUUGAUUGAUUGAUCAAUAGCUAGCUCGCAAUUAAAUGGCUAAAUAGAUAGUUGCUAGCUGGGUUGUUAGAUACCAGACAUACCAGGAAGCUCAAAAGGUAGAUAUGCUGGUGAGUUAUAUGCUAUCUGAUUAUCUCGACUGAUAUACUGGGCCGGGCUGCACGGCGGUCGAGUGGUUAGCGCGCAGACCUCACAACUAGGAGACUAGGGUUCAAUUCCACCCUUGGCCAUCUCUGUGUGGAGUUUGCAUGUUCUCCCCGUGCAUGCGUGGGUUUUCUCCGGGUACUCCGGUUUCCUCCCACAUUCCAAAAACAUGCUAGGUUAAUUGGCGACUCCAAAUUGUCCAUAGGUAUGAAUGUGAGUGUGAAUGGUUGUUUGUCUAUAUGUGCCCUGUGAUUGGCUGGCGACCAGUCCAGGGUGUACCCCGCCUCUCGCCCGAAGACAGCUGGGAUAGGCUCCAGCAUGGACAGAUUAUAGCUACUUAGCUUUACUGACAUGUUUGCUAUCUAAAAAUGACAGAUGAUAGAUGGGAAGAAGUUAUUAAAGAAAGACCUGGAUAGUCACAGAAAUGAAUCCUCCUCUUCUCCAGUUCUGGGUUGUUCCGCCUGUUGUAUUUAGGCCCCGUCAGGACCCCCUGGCCGUGAGUCAUCAGCAUGGCAUGAGGGGACAACCCUGUCACUUUUAUCCCGCUCAGAUGCUGCUGGUACGGAGGAGGAAGUUGGCUUGCCAGGCUCAGCAGCUCCGCCUGACCCUCAGGACUUCCCGGCUGUGAAUUCGGGGGCGAGGGUGGCAGGCUGUGGGGACCCGUGUGUUGGGAUGCCGAGGCGGCCGUGGAGGCCUGGUAGUAAGCGUGGUGCUGCGCCAGCUGGUGUUCGGCCAUCAUGUAGCCGCCACCGCCCAGGUUCAGCAUGGUUCUAGAAGCUGAGGGUCCAGAGUGGGACAAAGUCAUGGUGAGGUCAGCGCCGCUGCUGAUGGGCAUGUGGUACACCUGUGGCUGAGGGGCUGGUGGUCCGAUGUGAAGCUCUGUGUCCAAAUUGUGCUGCUGUUGCUGUGACCCCGUGGAGGACAUAGUUACUCCGCCAGAGCUCAAGUCCGGUUUGAUGAAUACGCUGUUGACAACAGGUGGAACGCUGAACACUGAGGUGAAGUCCGGCAGGGCCUGGGUGGGUGUGCUAGUGGAGGAGCAGGGCACCUCCAGUCCGGGUUCUAUUUUGAUCUGCUGGGGAGGAGGGGCCUUAGAGUUGUGGCGGUAGAGGCCUGUGCGCAGGUGAGUGGUACUGGGCAGGAUAACGUUAAUGUUGACGCUAUACGGGGUGCCGUGUUUGUCCUCUGAGAAGUACUCGUCCACCACCGAGGCGCUCUCUCGCCUGUACUUCUUGUCACUGGGGUCCACGGCGGGACUCAAGAGGGAGCUGUUGAUCUGAGGAAGGUAUUUGUCCAUCUCCAACGGGACCUGAAAGGGUCGAGAUGACAAUAAGAGACUGUAACUUACUAGCGCUUCCUCCUCCGGUAUCACGGCUCACAUUCCUCUUUAGCACUGGAGCUCGCCGACCCGACCAGAAAUACAUCAGCACUGGCAGCUACCAGAAAAUUCACAUCUACGCUCACUUAGUAGUGACUAAUCUACAAUUCCAAUUAUGAUUCUUAAAAACAGUACAUCACAUCCUGAUGAAACCACAUAUGUCCACUUUAUGGCUAUUUUUACUUGUUAACAUGACAAUAUUCUCUGCUCUCUGUUUUCAGAAAUUUGCAGAUUUGCAGUUUUCUGAAAAUAUGCCCACAUUUCAUACUCCCAAAAAUAUAUUGAUCUUCAGCGGCUUAUAUUAUUUCAUGCCAAAAUCAGUAAACUGAGCAUGAUCACCGUUAAACGACAAAUUAUAUGGUUUUCAAGCACAAUAUAAUCGCAAAACAACAAAUGAAAAAACAAAUAUUUUGAAUGUAAGACCACAGUGGUCUAGUGGUUAGCGCGCAGACCUGACAGCUAGGACACCCGAGUUCAAUCCCACCCUUGGUCAUCUCUGUGUAGAGUUUGCAUGUUCUCCCCGUGCAUGCGUGGGUUUUCUCCGGGUACUCCGGUUUCCUCACACAUUCCAAAGACAUGCUAGGUUAAUUGGCAAUUGGCAAUUUUGUUAGCAAGCUAAGAAUGUUAACAAGGACGCUUUCUGUUAAAAAUACAGUAAGAAGACAGUUGCAGUCAUGCGGUCUAUUAACUCAUUCGCUACCAAAGACGUAUUUUACAUAUUUUACGUUUUGAUUUGUGCGUGAGAGUCACACAGAGGUGAUGAUGCAACUCCACAACAGAAGAGAGCAUGUUUGGUGCAGUUUUAAGCUGAUAAAAAUAAGAGCGGCCGAGUGGUUAGCAUGUUGGCCACACAGUCAGGAGAUCAGGAAAACCAGGGUUCGAAUCUCUGUUGGGCAUCGCUUAGCGGAGUUUGCAUGUUCUCUCAUGUGGGUUUUCUCCGGGUAAUCCGGUUUCCUCCCACAUUCCAAAAACAUGCUAGGUUAAUUAGCGACUCCAAAUUGUCCAUAGGUAUGAAUGUGAGUGUGAAUGGUUGUUUGUCUAUAUGUGCCCUGUGAUUGGCUGGCGACCAGUCCAGGGUGUACCCCGCCUCUUGCCCGAAGACAGCUGGGAUAGGCUCCAGGAUAAGCGGUAGAAAAUGAAUGAAUGAAUAAAUGAAUAAAUGUAAGACUUAAUCGUGCAUAAUACAUAAUAAUAAUAAAUACAAUAAAAUAACAUAAAAUCCCCCAGAAGGGGUGAUGCAUACACACGACGGCACAACAAAAACACAUACUCAAGCCAAAACAAUGACUGGAGGCAUGUGAACUACGUAGUGAAACCUAAACACUGGCAAGUAAAAAUAACCCUGACACACACGUAUAGGAGAUGGAGACAAAAUAAGCAAAAGACAAAAGUUUGGUCCAGAAAAGUCAUGUGAGGAAUGAAGGCGAGCGACUUAAAAUGAGAGGCUAAUCUAAGGCAGACAUCCAAAAAUAUGUACCAUUUUCCAAUGUUCAAUAAAUGUUCAUAUGUUCUUUUGUUUUGUUUACAAUAGCAGCCCAACUGCUAGCAACAAGCAACGAUCGGUUUUGCUGACAAGCUUGCAAUUUCAGCUGGACUACAAUAAUUAGCGCUAAAGGCGAACCCAGUAGCGUUUCAGCUUGAAGACUGUUAGCAUGUCCAUGCUUAGCUAGCAUUAUCAAGAUGGAAGAUGACUACUUCAGAUAAGUAUCGUAACGGGCUCUCUGUCAUCUAUGAGUGACAUAAAUAACAUUCGUAAUGUUUGGAGUAUAAGUACAAAUAAGUAGUAAAGUAAGUAAAAAAAAACUGUAUUACGGAAAAGCAGGAAGUGAACAAAUGUAACAGUUACUGAUUAUAAAAGUACCAGAUGGAGGGGUAGGAUUUAAUAAGCUUUGCUUCUUCCUACUCUCUUCCUAACUGUGAACUGAUUAUGUGAUGCACUUAAUUGUAAUCUGAUGCAUGUUCAAAUGAAAUAAAACCAUUACCAGAUGCUAAAUGUCUUCAGUUAAUCCAAACUAGAGAAGCACAAGGAAGCCAAGGAUAUACUACAUAUACAGGACGUUAGCAUUUACUGGGUAUCAAAUUUAAAGUCGACAGUUUUGUUGAUUUUUAAAUAUUUUAACAGUGGAUAACUUUAUACUGUUGCGAAAAUACAACCGUGACACAAAUCGACUUUGUAUGAUAUCUUUGUCAUUUGUCCAUGGGCCAAGGUAAGACUGGUUGUUUUAUUGUUUUGAUGUCUUAAUAUGAGCAAUGGUUGACUUAUUUUUUUAACUUGUACAUAUACCUACACAGAUAUUAAAGGUUUUAUGAUGGUGAACAGAUUAUAUUUCCAACAAAUUGGUGGUUGACAAGCACUGUUGUUGGACAUUUUGACGUCAGACUUGAAGCAGAGCAAUAUAUGACUUGCAUAUGGAAAAACAUCUUGGUAUUGUUUGAAGCAUUAAACAUAAGGGAAUAUCUCCAGGCCAGAACUGGGUUAAUAAUUGGAGAACACUCUCAACUGUUCCGCUAUGAAUCCUUGUGCCCGAUAACAACAGUAACUCUUAUCAGUUCUGUUCUGGUUUAUUGGACAAAGUGGGAGUUUCCACACUUCCGGUCCAGUUAACAUAUCCAUCCUUAUAUGACCUUUUGUGUAUUUCAAGGGACCCCCCCACCCCCCCACCCCUUUCCAAUUUUCUUCAAAGGCACUGCUUUCCGGUUUUUACAAGACCUGGCUGCCAUUGUCGUCCAACUAAGAACAUCCACCAUGCACCCAUCCAUCACGAAGCAUGUUAUUAAAGCACAAUCUCACAGUGCUUUGACCUCACUUUGCUUUCUUUGGCUCCAGACGUUCUAAAGACCUGCAAGCCCCCACCCAACUGCACGUUCUUUAUGGCUCCUUGCAAUGCAAAGAAACGUUUGCCUUUGGAUCUUCAUAAAAACAAAACUGAUUAGCCCCGUUCAAGCAGAAAUCAUGUCAAAACCUUUGAGACGGCCAUGAUAUUUUAUGAUCUCUGUAGUAGAGAUAGCAAAAAGGUUUGCAUGACUAAAGACAGUGAUGCUCCCUUGUCUUAGGAUUGAAGGCUAAAAUGAAGAUGACCUACAAGCUCACACCUUUUCAAGGUGUCACUCUUGAUGCAGAACACCAUUGAUGGACAUGUCAUACAAACUUCAUGUCAAAAAAUCCAACCUAUCCCUUUUAAAAGAAUUAAAUGACUUAAAUAUGUUAUUGUUUGUAAUUAUGUUGUAUAUUGUUUUCCCAAAGUGACAUCAUCAGGAUAAUAUCGCCCCAGUAAAUAAGCAUGCCUGUGUCCGAGACAGGGGAUGUUUACAUGAUAUUUAUAGCGAAGAUUUGAGUGAUGUAUUAAUAGUUUUCAAGGAGGAGGACAUGAAAUAGAGAACCUGCAGAACAUUAACUUAAUUGAUUGAUCGCCUUCAAAACUCAGAAUUACUCCAGUUAUCUUUCAAUUAUUGUUUUAAAUCAGCUUGUUAAUGAGAAGCAGCCUUGUCGCUAUCGUGGAAUAGUGUUUGAAAGACAUUAUGCAAACAAAACAUUACUUACUCUCUUGUGCCUUUUGAUGUAGCGGCCCGUUUUCGUUGUCUUGUUUUUUUCCUGUGUACCGGCAAAAUAGAAUCUUUAUUCAAAUUUUUUUUCUUGUAAAUGCGUUCCUCGGAAGCAGGGGUCAUUGUAAUAAUCAUUGCAAAGAACAAAACUCAAGCUAGGCAUCCAUAUGUCUCUCUUGCUCUGUAUUUGCUUCGUACAUUAUUGUCUUAAGCCUUUUGGAAAAGAAAAUAAACUUAAGAAUAUCACUUGGAUACUGAUGAACAUCCAGCAGCAGCACAAUGUUUUGGCAUGACUACUACUUGGCACGACGAUCUACCUUCAGAAGCGUUUGUUUACUCUGCUUUAGCUGAGAGGUGUUACCAUGAUGAUGUCACUUCCGGAAAUGAGGAUGAGCUGCGAGCUAGCUAGGUUGGACUAUAAGCUGAGAUGUGUUUAAGGACAAUGUUGCCCUGCCGGGAUAGAGGAUGUGAGGGAGAAAAUUCACUAUUUCGUAUGAAAAAAAUCCGGGAAUAAAAUGCUGAAUAAUGAAUAAAAUCUUAUCUUAGGGCUCUGAUGCUGCAAUUUUGUGGGAUUUCUGUGUGAAAGGGGCCAAGAAAAGACAUGGCUGACAAAUGACUGAUUUUUUUUUAAAUAGUAGGAACUGAAUUUCUACUCAAUAACACUAUAAUUUGAACCCUUAACCUGAAAAACUGAUUUUUGCAGACACAACAUAAAAGUUAAGAGACUUUGAACGGUGUGUGGGUUGGCAUAUACAGUCCGGUACCCAUGGGUAACCAUGACAUCAGCAGCGCAAAAAAACAAACAAUUACAGCACACUAUGAGUCAUUUAUGCUCGAAGCAACUGUAAGAUCCCACAACUUAUUUGUUGAACCCUUUUCCGGCCUUUUCCCUGUCACCUGUCAGCAAUCAAUGUGGGCUUACAGUUUAUGGAGCAUCUUUUGCCUACAUGCAAAUGUCCUGCACAUGUUGUCGUGGAAGUCAAAUUGCUAGUCAAAGCGUAGUAGGAAAAAAAGGAAGAGCCAGAAUCAAACUGCAUGUAACAUCUGGGGAAAGCAUCAACACGUUAACUCAAUACAACAAUAUCAUCUUCUGGCAUUUUUAAAAACAUCCGAAGCCUACUUUUACCCAUAUCGGAAUAUUGAUCUUCAGGAGUCAUUAGGUGUGACCUGGGGUCUGAUCCGUGCAAACCAUAAAGUUACUCUGUAACUUCGCUUGUCGUCUCCGCUCAGUCUUACCGGUGAUAUAACAACUAAAGAAUCUAGAAAUCGGUUUCAUAUAAGUUAGUCAUUCUGUAAUUAUGGCUUCAGGAACAUGAACCCAUUCAUCUCUUAAUGUCCCUUUUGAGACAGUUACUGCUUCUGUAACCUUUUUGAGAUCCGAAAUUUAUACCUGAACUAUGUCUUUAAGGUUACUACAGCUGUACUCUAUUUCUGCAAGUGUACAGUAAACAAAAUGUUGAUAAAACACAGUCAAACUACUACUACACAACAACAAUGGAGUAGUCUGAGGGUCUGCUGUAAGUACUUCUCAGAAACCAAGGGUCUUUACAGCAAACUGAAGACAGAAGCUAAGGAACAACGUAAAAGUGGCCUAUCACAAUAACAAAUAAAUCAAUUAACCGCAUGAUAAAUAAAAAUGGAAGUCAAUAAUUUUGUCGGUCUCGAUAAAUCAACAACAAGGCCAGAAUCUCUGAGAUUAAAAUAAAACCAUGAGAGGGACUAUAUUUUACAGAUUAAUCUAGUUAAACCAGAUUAAAUCUUUACAGACCUGGACGUUAAAAAUAGUUAUUUUGUCUGAACAUGUUUUACGCAACUUAACACUGAACCAUUUGUGGUCUUCACUACCAAAGCCAGUUGAGGUGGCUUCGUCAUCUAUUAUUGAUGACCUCUGGAUGCCUCCCAGAUUUCAUACCACUGGGUUGGAGGGAAUAUGUCUCGCAAGUUGUCCAGGGAACAGUUUCCCCUCUGUUAGAACUACAGGAAGUAGCUGCAGACAGGUAGGCCUGUGAAAUUUGCAUUCUGGCAUAAAUAAUACAACUUAAUGCAUUAAAAGAUGGAGAAACAAUCAAUUAAACAAUUUGAUGUCUUCAGUGCCAACCUAACCUAAAGAAGCACUAUGCAAAAAAAAAUGCCUACUAACUAACUUUAUUGCUUUUUGCAUGCAACUUAAAAUGAUUCAUCUGAAGUGGUACUACAAUAUUUUUUCCGAAUAACAUAAGAUCAUUGAGUUCACGUCUGAAACAAGUCAAGUCGAAGCAACAGAGCGCCGAACACAGAAACAAUGGAAAACAGCAAUAAUUCACCUCAACAAAGACGCGCAGGUGACAGGUAACCCAGUCGUAGCUAAGCCCCCACCUGUACACCCCCUAUAGACCCCUCUUGUAGCCUUUCACUGCAGCUAUACUACUUUCUCAGGGAGGUCGGCCUUUAUCGUCUUGCCUCGAGGCGGCUUAUGGAGAUGUGGGCCCUGCUCAGACAGGUUGGACCACAUACUGCUGGCACGACAUAGCCGCUCACUUCAAACAGCACAUCAACACACAUACACAAAGACAAAAAAACCCCAAAAUGCGUCCAAAAUAAGACAUUGAGAUUGAUCUGAAAGUUGUACUAUCAUAUGAUAUAGAAAUUAAGACAAUAAGAAUGAAGGUAAACAAGGUAGCGAGGGGCACCUAAGGUGACUCCUCGCUGGUUUGGCUAGUCUGAGGGGGGGGACUAUUUAACACAAAGUGUCUUCUUUGUUCGUGGAUUUGCAUAAAACAACAUGCAAGACAGAUGAAUACUGGCCACUGACAAGAUAAAGCUUCAGGGAAUGUGGCGGCAAAAGUCCAGCUUAAAGGAAAUACACUUGCUAGCUCGCUAUCUAAUACGGCAGCGAAAGUUAGCUUUGUUAGCACAGGUUCUACAUUUAUCCAUCUUCUAAUAAUCACUUUGUUAGCUACUUGCAAAUUAGCAGACAUUAUACAAAUGUAAAUUAAAUUUUUUUUGUUCUUUUUAUGUAAAGAAAUUUUUUUUUGUUAGCGCUAACAAAGUUUGGAGACACUUGCUAAUGCUACAGAAUGACAAAG